AUGCGCGAUCGCUACCGGCCUACCGGCCUGCCGCCGCGGCGUGUCUCCCACCACGCGUCAAUUACGGUGAUCGCCGACGCCACCACCACCACCGCCACCACCACCACCGAGACCGCCAACACCACGGCUGCCGCCGCCGCGUUAUUACCUAUAACCGUACCACCACUAUGUAUUAUUAUUAUAUUAUAACAUUAUUAUUACCACCGCGGCGGGCGGGCGGGUAUGAGGUAGGUACCUACUACUAUACACACUUUCUUUCUAAUCAGCUGACCUUCCGGCCAAAACGUUCGCUCGCUCGCUGGUCGCGCGUCCGCGGCGGCGGCGGCGGCGGGUGAGGGAACGCGCGCGUCGCGUACUGCUACGCGACGACGACACGACCGACAACACACGCACACGCACGCAGACAGUCGUCGCGCACACCCGAUAUACGAAUACGUACGUAGCGGCCGGCCGGUUUGCGUCGAACACACGCGAGCGCGCACGAUCUAUCGGCGCGAUACAAUAAAAAUAAUAAUAACACGAAAUACAAUAAUAAUACCUACCGACGGUCGCGUCGAUCGAGAAAAUUUUUGCGCUCUCAGUUUAGUUUUCAUCCCGACGCGCACGCCGCCGCAUUGCGCCGCACGCGAUAGAAAAAAAAAAAAAAAAUUCACCGCCGAGAUAACAACACAGUUUAUUGAUAGUACGCGCGUCUUGUCGCCUGUCGCGAAUAUUUCGAUCGUUUAGUAUUGUAAUUUUUUGUUUCGCCUUCGGAACUGUUGCCCGCUUACCGUUUCGAUCGCCGUCGUAGUCGCGUACCGUCGUCGAGUUCGCGGUUUUCCGAGUGCGGUCGCCGUCCCGGACGUGUGCGAAAUUCGUAUCGAUAACAAUUUCAAUAAGAAAUCGUCGCCGCGCGUUCGUCCCCGCGGCUCGCCGGCGCCCGCGCGCGUCGUCCGCGAUCUCGUCAAUAUUCCGACCGGUCGUUUUCACCCCGGGUCCCCGUUACCGUGCGGAAUAUUUGCGAUCGGCAAAACAUGUCGUAAUAGCCGCCGUAUUAUUUGGAUACUGUCUCCGUAAUACCGCCGCCGUCCAAUACGUAUUAUUGCAAAAUCCGUUCGCGAUCGGUUCGCCAAUAACAGUUCGCACGCCGGUCACCGCGCAAUAUUUAAUAUUGUUUUGAUAAUAAUCCGCCGUUUUCGUCAUAUUUUCGAUUACCACUACGCAGCAGCAGCAGCAGUAGCGGCAGCAGCAGCGAUUCGCGCCGGACGCGUGGAACCAGUCGCCGUCAAAGAAACGUAAGUCUCGCCGUACCCGUUUUCGGACGGGUACUUACUUUUAGAUGAUAGCGGCGGCACUUGAACCGCGACGAUAUUGUUCGGCGAAUUGAGUUACGGCCGGUCCGGAGGGGAGUAGGGUGUCGGAGGAUAGAGAACGCGGUACGCGGGCGAGCCCGGAUUGAGGGGGCGUCCGAUGGAGGGUUCGCGGCAACACUCCGCGGGGACCCGUAUUUUUUUUUUUUUUUUAAUUUUUCGAUAUUUUAUCGGUUUUUUUUGUUUAAAUGUCUUUUCGUCAACGGCCUUUCGUGAACACUAUCGGAUUUUUAUUAUUCUUUCUCGGCGGUCCCGUCGAAAAGUUUGGCCACGAAUAUCUCGAUCCCCGGGUAAAUUAUGGCGAAUCUCGUGCGGGGGAUGAUACGCCGGCGAGGACGUCCCCCCGAGGAUUCCCGUGCUCGCGGCCGUCGAAUCCGUCCGCUACAAAUUACGGAAAUACGGAAAACUAGGCGUACCUACGUCAUUUAUUAUUAGUGAUGAUGCGAGUACGCGUACUGCUUGUUUUUUUAUUUCUCCGAGCACUCGCGAUUUGUUCCUCGAUAAUUAUUAUUAUUACGACCGUGUUAUUUAUGUCCGGCAUUAAACUUGUCGUCUAUUUUGGCGGGUUAAUUUAUCAUCCUUAAACAGGAAACGCCGCGCCGCCGUCGUCGGUGUUUUUGUUUUUGUUUUUUUUUUUUUUAUCGGUUCGUUUUUCGGGGACCGGUUUCGGAUACGGUCACGGCGCGAUUCGAUUCGCGCGAUAUACGCGGGCAGAGCGUACGCGCCUAUAUACCUGUAUUAUGAUAUCAUACCUAACUGCCUCUGCUCGUAAAUACGUUUCGAAAAGGCCGGCCGUACGAUUACAAAAGUCCCGCGAUUUACAACCGGACUAAUGCGAUUUGUGCGGAAAAACUACAGCGGCGCGGCACCUGUAUUGCAUGUAUUAUUACGGCGGUACGCCGAAUAUCGUUGUGUACACUUCGGUUGUUUUUUAUUUUGUAUUGAUUUUUUUUUUUUUUCGACACAUGUAAACGGCCACAUUACACGUUGCCCGUGUACCCGCGCGGGCCGCCCGCUCAACGCGUCGAAACCGCUGCACGCAUCGCGGGGCACGUUUAAAAUAAUUUCGUCCGCGGCAACAUACAAUAUCGGCAGGUACGGGCACUAAACAAGACACACACGAAAAAAAAAAAAUAAUAAAAUAAUAUUAUGCUACGCGCGAAAAACAACCGGUCAUUGUGUUCCGAGUUUUUUUUCCCCCCGUCUCGCUAGCCGCCGUACGUUCGGUUUUUUCGACGAAUUAUUGAUAACGUCGAAAACGUCACAAUCGAUCGCGGCCCGGCGCGACACGGUUUUUGCGGGGCGGCGAUUCUCGUGCGCGGCGCGGCCGCGGGUUCUGGGCGCGCCGUGACGUGCAAGGCGGACAGCCAGCCGACCGUAAUUUUCACGGUGGGCAUACGCGGCGGCGGCUGCGGCGGCGUGUAACCGGAACCCGCGGGCAAAACACGUAAAACACCGUGGAUUAGAAAAGGCGGUGACGAGCGGACGGGGAGAUGAGAGAGAGAGAGAGCGAGAGAGAGAAAGGUCAUCGGUAACGGAAAAAGGUCGCUGUUUGUUUUCACGUACGCCGUCGAAUCGCGCCGCGGCGCGCGUUAACGUGCGUCGGUACGGCGAUAUUUGCCCCGAUAAUGGCUGUAAUAAUAAACAAGACGUGCGGGGUGGAGACCUUUGCGUAAUAAUUAAUGUACGCGUUAUCUCAAUCAAUGCGCACGCACCCGACGUACGGUUAUACGAUAACAACAACGACAUUGUGUCAUAAUAUCACUGGUUGUACACUUACCUACGCCUGUAAUACCGCGGACGCGGACGUAAUUAUUAAAAUUAUAUUUUUUUUUAUUUUUUUUUCUCUAUCGACUGCAGCGGCUUUUAUUAUUAUUAUUAUUAUUAUUAUUGUUACGGAUUAUUUGCGAUUUUAUCAUUACGCGCUCGCCUCGAGUUUCAACCGAUUAUUUCGUCUUGUGCGUAAUGCAGUGCGCGACGUGUACUUAUGCGGCCGCGCUUUUCCGGAAGAAUCGAGCACCUUAAGUGAAAUUUAAUCGUCGAUCGGGAAAUUAUUUGAAAAUCCGUAAGUGCCCGGAUUGAGUAAUCCCGGAUUCGGGAGGAACAGGGCGACAACAGUCCGGGGGGGGGCUCGGUUUUUCGCCGCAGUAUAUUGUGUUCUUCGUCAAUACAACCGUGAACUUUGUAUUGUUUAAUAUUUUAUCGCCCCUCAAAACCUGCUAUUGUUGUUUUAUUUUGUUAAUAACAUAUCCAGUAAUAAUUGUUAACGAACUGUUUGCAUUAUUCAUUUUAAAGGCCUUAAAUGUCUUAAUCCGAGCUUGGAUACGCUCAGUGUUUAUUUCAUGGAUGAUCUAGAGUUUAUUGCCCCCUCCCUGCAGAAAACUGUAUGCCGUUACUAUCUAAAUUACAUGCGAAAUGACCGAUUACGAGUCAUAUUGUUGACAAUAAAAUAAUAAUAAUAAAAAAUUGCGUUGUUUAAUUAACCGUAUUUUAAUGAAAUACACAAAACAAGUCGUCAUUGAGCGCAUUUUCGUAAUUUUCCUAUAUUGGAAUUAUAUCAGUGUGAUAAUGUUAUGAAAAAAAAAAAAAAUGGAAGAAAAUUGUACUUUUUUACAAAUUGUCCAUAGGUUAGUGCAGUUGUUAAUUCGUAACUCCGAUACAAAUAUCCUGUAAUUACUUCUAUAUAAUCGAACUUAAAAAGGCAAGAAAAUUCUCUGGGUUUGUGUACGUUGGUUUUUUUUUUUUUUGUUGGCGUUUUAAUUGUCAAGUGGGAUAUAAGUAGAAACAUCGCGAUUUAAAAAUGAUAACAUGACAUUAGAUUACUAUAAAAUUAUAAUAGAAAAACCGAAAUUUUAUAAAUCGUUGAAGAAAUGAAUCUUUCUUUAUGGGAAAAAAAACGUCUCAAAGCGGUCCUCGACCUGUCGAAAGUUCUCUAAAGUGGUCCGUACCGUCAGAAACGUUAAGAAACACUGCACCUACAAUACGUGUGCAGACACAAACGUUUCUAUCCGGAUGGACGGUGGAAGUGAAAUUGUAAAUAAAAAAAUUUACCGAAUAUAUUAUUCCAAUGUAUUAUGAUAAUAUUUUACUCGGGAAUUUCGUUGGCGUAAUAAUAAUUAUCGUUAUAUUAUCACGACGUGUUUGUAUAAAUGUUAAUAAUAAUUAUACAAAGUUUCGAAACAUUAACUAUUAAUAAUGUUAUAAUGUCCGUCGUGUUGGAUAUUUAUUAGGACAGAAAGUGCAUUUAUUAUUCGUAUACAUUAACGCUAAUAUUAUUAUUGUAAAAUAGAAAAAUUCUUAUUUACUCGGGACGAUCAAUAAUCCCGCGAUCGACGGGACGGUUUUGUUUGUUGUUUUUUUUUUUUUUCGAAUCGAGUAAUGGAAAAUAAUAUGUAAAAUAUCGAAAAAAAAGAUGACACGACGAUAAAGCCGAAUAGGUAAGUACUUCAUCAAAAUUAUGUCGCAUGUGCAGCGGCGUUCUUAAAAUAUCCAUUUCUUGUAAUAUAUUAUCGGUAUUUACUAUAUUUUUGAAGUCAAGGUUUCACCUGUCUGUGUGAAAAUAAUAAUGAUACGAACCGACCGUGGAAGACCUUCGUUUAAAUUUGGGAUUGCACUCGCGUCGCUACUCGUGUUUAUUUCGAUUAUUAUUGUACAACGAAUUUCGUUACGAUUUUGUUUGACAAAAAAAAAAAAAACAAAUAUAUAUAUAUGUAUAUAUGUGUGUGCAUAGGUACAGACUAAACACUUCAUAAACAAAAUAUGUUAUAAUUAUUCUUACCUACUUGCGCUGUUGAUGUACAACGAAUAGAAUGUACUAAAACUUAACACGCUCCGCCGUGGACACUAUCCAAUAUUUCGCCGAAAUUCAAGGCCCGAUCCGGAUGAAACAUUGAAGUCGAAACGCAUACUUAAAAUAUAGGCGUCAUAGGUGAAUCGAUUUUUCUUUUCUUUUUCACCAACGUGCCGUGAUAAGUCAAGUUGAUCGCCGGAAAUUCCCCCGAUAAACGCUUACCUCUCGGUUUUUUUUUGUUUUUUUUUUUUUUUAUCGAAUUUCGCCGCAAAUAGUGACUGUUGCGCAGUACUGCGUCUGACUCUUCCGCGCUGCUUUUGGGCAUUUUUAGCGGUUCCCCCUGGACCGAAUGAACUCAUAAUCGGUGGUUAGGCUAAUUGUUUUAUUGAUGAAACGAACCGAUACAAUUUUGGUCAAAUUUAGAUAUGAAUUCAUUCGUGUUUUCGGAGGACAAGGAUGUUUUUAUUCUAAUUUUGUACACUCCUAUACAGACCCCACUCCCCUUGAAGGAAACCCGGGAGAUGCUAUUGUGUAUAUGCGCCGCGUGAGUAUCAAGAAUGUGCCUUCGAGGGGUUUGGACUUUCGAUACCCGCUCCAAUAAUUUUUCAAACUGAAAUUUCAUGUUUUCAUGGGAAAACCCGAGUUUUAAAUGUCCCUACAAACUCGUCAAAGUAACCGAGUUAAAAUAUGUAUAAAUAACCAUAGAAUAAAAAGCUAUCAAUAGCUAUAAAAAAGGUGUAAAUAAUUUUUUGUUUAUCGAUUCGGGCUUAUAAAUAAUAAAAUAUUUACGAAUGUAGUUUUUAUUUAAAAGUCAACAAUACUAUUAUCUGUUUAAACGAGUAAAAUAUCAAUUUUUCGUUUAAACUCCGAACGAUUAUAUUUUUAAUUGGCCAAUUAUCUGUAUUAUACCUUCUAUUAUAAAAGAUCAAUAGCCUAAUCGAGAGUCUAAUUAAUUUAAUACGGUUAUUUGUGUAUAUUAUUAUAACGUAUAUUUAAACAGGUAUCGCGAUGUAGAUACGCAAUUGAUAAUUUCAACGCAAAUAAUAUUUCAAAACUUGAGCAAAUACUUGAAACUUAUUUUAACAGAAUAAAAAAUAUACGUUUAACAUUUGUCUUAACACGAACGAAAAAAAUUAAAUUCGUACGUAUUAAUAAUUCGGCGUACUUAAUUUACUAAGUAGAAAUUAAUGUAACGCGCGCGUGUCGUCCAUGUUACACGUCAUGCAUAAUAGUGAACACAAUAUUCGGGGUAUUUUUUAUUAUUUUUUUCAUAAUUGUAAUGCAUGUUCUCAUUUUCAAAUGCGUACAUAUUAGGGCGUUUCACGUCACGUUUUUUUUCAAAUAACAUGAUAUAGUCGAAAUUAAUUAUAUUAUAUUUUAAACGCGAAUUAGGUAUGUCAAAUUAGAAAAAUUCAGUGAAACCGUAUGGAUCGUAUGUUAUUACCCGUGAACAAUACUUUUCGACCACUGAUCUCAUUUCGAUUUCGAUUUCAGACGCGAUUUCUCGUUCUUCGGGGAGAUGAUUUUUCGAUGUUCCUCGUAUCGGUACUUUAAACGGGAAAAAACCGAGUCCCUCGGAUAAUCGCAGACUUGAAAUUUUCACCGGACACUUGGGACCGGGUAGCAUUUUACAUAGACGCGGCAUAAUAUUAAAAAUAUAUAAUUUUUUUCUUUGGUUUUAUGUGGAAAAUUGGUUUUCGGUUUUUCAAAAAUUCUCGAUAAUUUGAUACAUAGUUCGUUACGCGUUAUUCUUAUGAUGACGAUUUUACGAAAAAAUCUGUAGUCUGUAGUAUUUGUUUUUGAAUAAGCGUUUAAAGUUUCAAUUUGAUUGAUUUCGUCACAUUAAUGAAAUGUUGCGAUGUCUCCGGAGACUGUAUAUUUUUUUACUGUCUGUUUAUAAUGUCCCACUAUUAAUCUACAGGGUGAUUCUUUUUAAAACUAGCGAUUAUUUUUUAGUUUAGGUACUUUUUAUGACUUAACCUUAUCUGAUAGUUUGAAAUUUAGACUAGAGGAGUGUUGAGAAGGGUAAUCUUGUCGUGAUGAAAUGUAUUACCCCGUACUACCCCUCCGGAUAACAUUCUAAACGGUAUAUCCAAUAAUACAGCGUUAUGCAUAUCGAACAUUAAAAAAAUAAAUAAAUUCUUUUACGAAUGAAGAGUUUAAAAACGAGAAUUGCCGUUUGUACGUCAAUAUUGCAGAUAUGUAUAUUUAAUGGUUUAAAAAAAAACAGAAAAUAAAUUUACUCGACAUUUUCGUAUAGACAUAAUACCGUUAAUAGAAAAAUAAUCACCCUGUACACUAUGCACUUUAGGUUCGGCGCCAAACGAGCUGAUGUCGGGGACCGGUCGCAACGCCGACGUAACAACUCGCGAUGACGAACGUUUAUCGUUUUAUUCAUACGGAUAAUACGAAAAACACGUCGCCGUGAAGUUGUAAAUUCGCCCCUCUCUUCGUCAAAAAACAACCCCCUUCGUUUUACUGAUAGCCGUCGCCAUUACUCCCCACCGUCCGUUCUUUUUCGAUCCGGUGUUUUAAAAGGCUCAUUGCGGCCGAAAAACAAACUUUCUCGCAUUUUUCUCCGUGUCUCGAGUUACGUUGCCGACAUUUGCACUCCGUGCAAAUUCCCGUUCUUGUGUUUUGUCGAUCCAUCUCCGUUUCGGUCUUCUCACCGGACCCCGUCCACCGCGGAGUGUCCACUCGGUCUCUUGUGUCGGAUUUCCGCGGCGGCCAAUCGGGUUUCCGAAUAGUCGCCGCACUUUAUCGACGCAACGAGUUUGCGUCACCUCCGUUCACGAGAAUUUCGUCCGUCGCACACUUCGAGGGCAUUCGGAUGGCUGCGAAACAUUCGAACGCACUUCAGGUGUCGCCGCAAAGAGCAAAAGUGUUAACAAAACGGCCCGCGGCUGUAGUUGCGCAACCGCGUAGUUAUUUAUUUAUUUUUUCAAUUCUCGUUCCGCAUUAUCUUUUCCGACGGCAGACAUGGCGCCAAUAAUAUUUUAAUAAAUAACAUUAUGCGCGCGCGUCUGUACACCGUGUUUAUUUUUACACACGCGUGCAUAGUGAUUGUUUUAUGAUCUACAAUGUUAUUCGCGAGACUCGUACGAGUCGGAACGCGUGUCCGCUGUUUUCCACCUGCGACGUCCUGCAGCCAGCGGGGCGUAAGUGUGGGCCCGGAACGAUCGGCCGGACGCGCGCCAUGUCGCGUAAUUUUACGCGCGGGGCCGUCGGCGGCGAGUCGUUGGACGGUUUCAAAAAUUUUUAUCUUCUUUUAACCGCCGCCGCCGCGGAACGCCGACUCGUACGCCGGCGUACGGGCGUGUUGUUAUUACACGGGCACUGUACGCGAUCAUACGCGACGCGGCUUGACUACACGGCGGCGUGUAUAAUAAUAUACGAAAACGAGACCGCGCUGUCGACGAGACACGUAUAAAUAUUGUGUCGUGCGUUUGCUAACCGUGCACGGUUACCGGUUACCUGCAGCGGUUACCCGAUGUGCGCGUGUGUUUAUUACAUUAUAUUAUACUGUGUACUUACUGCCAUACGGCGAAAACCGUUUUUGGCCGCGACUCCGUGUCUACGAGUCAUAAUACCGCUGUCAUAUACCUCUCUAUACGCGUAAUAUUAUUAUACACCGACCCGUACCGCGAACUCUCGCUCGGUAUCCUUGUUUAUCACACGCGUUCGUUUGCUUAUUUGCUCGAUGUCCGCGCGGACCGUAUUCAAUUAAUUUAUACUAAACACCGUAAUCCGUUGUCGUAUAGUAUUACGGGGGGGGGGGGGGUAUUAAUACGGUAUAGCAAUACAUAUAGUGUCGCGUUAGGUACAUACGUACAACGUUGUAACGCAUGGACGGAGGAAGCAAAUCAAUCGAUUGAUAUUCGCAAAGGCAAUCAAAUGUAAUUAAAAAACAAAUAAAAACUUAUAAUAUAAUAGUUACGUGUUUCAAUGAGUUUUCUUUGUGAACGAUUUUACCCCGAUUUGUUAGUUAUUUAGUUAUCUUGUUAGAAUUCAGAUUAUUUACGAAUUGUUCGUAAAAAAAUAAAAAAACGGUACCUUUAGAUUUUUUCGGAAUUAUUUGUAUAAAUAUAGUUAAUGGCAAUUUAGAAAAAUCAUUUUAAAACUAACUCUGCUGAGUUAUUAUUAUUAUUUUUUUUUUUCAAAUUUGCCGAUUUGCCCAUCUUUGUUAAUUUUCAAUCGAAAUCGUGUAAUUUCAAUUUCAAUACAAAUGUUUGUUCUCCUUUUGAUGUAUAAGCCGUCGCAUUUUUCCGAGUUCAAAACGUUAUUUUACUUAAAUGCUACUAAUUAAUAAAGUGCAGUUGGUACGGUAUUAUUCGAUAACGUUCACAUUUUAAACGUAAAAAAGAAAAAAAAAUCAAUUAUCUGCGUCGGAAAUGUUAAAACGAGAAAUUGGAAAUUUCGACUAUAAAAUCAUUCUGGAAAUUCGAUUUGUUUGUAAAAAUGUCGUAAUCGAAUCUAGUUCUCGUACCUACUUGGUAUAUGAAAAAAAGUGCCGCAGGUUCGUAAUAAAAAAUUAUUCUGUAUAAUUUCGGAAUUAAUAAUACUACGACGAGGAAGCCUUAAUUUAUGUAUUUUAGAUUUUUUUUUUUUUAUGUACCUACCUAUAUUGCGUUAUAAUUACAUUAUUAUUCAAUUUUUACCAAAAAGAAAACUAACUAUAAAUACCUUUAUUAACAAUACAAGUAUAGCUGUUAUAAUUUAUUCGACUGCAAUCAAUUAUAAAAUGUAAAUCGAUUAUUUUUUUAAAAUUAGGAAUCGUCAGAUAAUUUAUCAGUGAGAGAUUAACGUGUUUGGCAUUACCUAUAGGCAAUCAUCUAUAGCGUUAAAUUGUUAAAGGCGCCAAGCAGAUUCCAAGUACACUAUCUUAUUCAAAAUAUUUAUGUUUUAUUUUUUUUUUUUUGGUUCUAGUAUUGAAUUUCAUUGAAAACUUACCCAAAUGCUUAACACAAAUAGUUUUAGAAAAUAAUAAAAUAAUAUUAUGUUUUUAUCAAUCUUCAUUAUUGUGUAUUCAUGCGUAAUAAACAAACACGAUUUAUAAUGGUUUUAAACCGUGGUUAACUAUUUAUUAGACCUUAUUAGUAAUUACUAAUCAGUAUCUUUUAACAAUCAAUUCAAGUUGACGAUUACGUCGCCAUUCGACUCUAUUUGUCUUUAAUUUUUUUGUUUAACUUUGGGUGAUUUGCACAAUAAUUGCAUUUUGUGUUGUGAACGUUUACUAUUAUCAAAGUAAUAACUAUAAAGUAUUAUACUUUUGUCAAUUUGUUUGUACACUCUCUUAUUUCAUAUUUGAAGCGUUGUUAUAAUACUUACUGGUUAUGUAGUUAUGAUUUUGUUUAGUAUAUCGUGUUAGUGAUAUGUGACGACACAAUGUUUUAUAUGCACUUGCCCAUAGAAAAUAGGAUUGUUAACGUCAAAGUGUACGUAGCCCAACAAAAAUUUAGGAUACUGGGCCGAGGGUAAAAUCAUUACCUACUGGCGCAUUUUUCCUUAAUCCGGCUAUGCAAAUUAUACGUAUUUAGUAUUGUGUACAUGUUAAUAUUUUAUAGGCUGUAAAAUUAACGCGUAGGUAUACGUUAUGAUCACGAUGUUUAUUAUGUUAACGAUGUGAAAACUAUUUUCGAAAGAAAACACGAAAAUCUUUCCGCGCGUGUGAAUAUCUCAAGAGAUUUACUCGUCUAUAACAUUCAGAUUUCGGUAUAGAUAGGUAUUUUAAUUAUUUUCUCACUGGCUUAACUUUAUUGUAUAGUCGUUUACAUUUAAAAUAAUAAAUUAGGUACUCUCUCUAUGUGUAUUGUGUUUUAUAAUAUAAUAAUAAUUGUCCGAGUACUCAAAGUGAAAAAAUAAUAAUCACGCGGAAACCACUGCAGUCUACGAAUUGAUCUUGUUUUGUUUUUUUUGUAAUUUAAAAGUAGAAAUAAAACCGUAUUUUUAAGUUAUGAAAAACUGAUGUUUCUCGCGGUCGUCGUAAUGGAAUUUAUUAAUGAAUUCGCACGUAUAGGUUUACUACAACAGCAGUUUCGUAUUCAUUUUUCCCGAGAUUUUUUAAACAUAAAGGUUUGUAUACCGGAAACGGCGAUAAAUCGUUGCAAUCAAAAACCAAUUCAGAGCGGAGACAAACCGGGAGGUUGUAUCACAUUAUAAGUCGUGUGUUUUUCCCUAACAGCGCCAAGGCAACCCAGAAAUCGACAAAAAUAAAACCAAUGUGCCAAUUGCGAAUUUUGAUAAUUGUUUCAAAUAAGUUAUUGUCGGGUAGAAAAUCCGCACCCUUUAAAGUACGGCACGAAAAAAUACUAAUAAUAUGGUUACUAUAUAUAUAUAUAUAUUUUAUGCGGAUUAGGUAGGUGAGGCGUCUAAAUAAUCCUGUUGUUAUUUUAUCUCUAUAAUAACAUUGCUAAUUUCCUUGUUUGAGUACACAAUUUUGUUGGCUAAUUGAUACUCUUCCAAGUUUUUGUUUGAAUAGAUUGUGUUUAUUUAUGCUAUGUUAAGUAUACUUAUUUGAAUAUAUAUAUAUGAGGACAAAAUAUAAACCUCCUAGAAUUGACUGCAAUAUAAAAUAAGCGGUCAAGUUCAGGUACGUUGCAAUAUUAUUAUAUUUUUAUGUUUUUUAUAAUUUACACGUGGUAAUUAUUACUAUAUUAUACUGGUAGUUUAUUUUGUUUCUGCGUUAACCCGUGAAAAUUACGGAAAACCGAAAAUCCUUCGUUUCGUACUUAUAUGGCUACGAUGACCAUCAUACCUAUAGUAAUAUUAUUCGCGGCCUUCUCAAUAUAAAAAAUAACGUGGUACCUAGUGAUAAAAAUGUUGUUAUAAGAAUGCUGUAGCGUUCUAAGGUUGCCUUUUCCGGCGCGACUGCGGGAUAAAUUAUUAUGAAAAAAUUCUAGUUGUCGAACUGCAAAUCCCGUGACUAUCUCGAAUAUAUCUCGGGUUACUUGGGGAUCUCUAAGGAUCAAGGAUUUUGUGUACAAUCGUCUAAGUAAUUAAACUUGUCGUUCCAUCUCGUUGAGAUUUUUCACGGUGAUAAAAAAAGAAAUGCACACACGUGCUCACGUCUAUACGUAUGAAUUUAAUAUACUAUUUGGCCGGAACUUCAAUAAUAAUUGGAACCCUGACUUUGAAAAUAUUACUGACCGUUCCGCUGGGCCACAGACAUGACGUGUUGUAUAUAAAGAUACAUUGUAAAAUGGCUAUAUUAUAAUAAAAUAAUGCUAGAAUAUCGUUCAAUUUCGUAUAACGUACAUUAUAAAACGAUGUGUUGAAAGUAUAGUAAAAGUACACUGAAAUAUAUUUUAACUAAUACUCCAUGAUGUAUGUAUAGAAUUUUAAUAUAGGUUACCAUUUGAAAAUCAAAAGUAGGUAGUUUCGUUUUCAAAAUAAGAGCGAUAACAAAUAACGGCGAUGUAACAUUUUAGAGCUGCUUGUUUCUAAAAAACGCACCGUAUUGACUGCGGAAAUAUUGUCUUCUUUUAAUUUUAUUAUUGGUGUUUUUACUCUAAAACCGAAAUUCGGCGUGUUCUACGCAGUUUGCGUCGGGAUAUUUUUCGGCUACGUUGCCAUUGUUUCCCGUUAGUUGGACCGAGACGGCAUAUGCGGACAUCACGUCUUCUUAACAUAGCUCAUUAUUUUUCCUAUUUAUUUAAAAAUAUAUAUAUAUAUAUAUAUAUAUCACCACUUAAAAAAGAUUUAUCUAAAUAAUUCGAUUGUGUAUCUCUGAUGACUGUUAUUUCUCAUUUAUGCAAUUAGACAAGAUAAAAGAUAACAAAUUCACUCAUCUAGAUAAAAUACAAGACCGAUCUAUACAUUAGUAUUAUGUACCUACACGGAAUUUUACCGGUGUAAUUCUUUUUUAUCAUCCCUUAGGUAUCAUACGUCAUGUUGUUAGUUAUUUUCACGUGCGUGCUCGUUUGUUAUUGUUAUCCUACAACGCGCGCACAUAAACAUUGAUCCGGGUUCGGACAUCCGUCGUCGUCAUCGUUUUUUUUUUUUUAUUACCAUUAACUCGUGUGACCUCUGAUCCGGUCGGUUAAAUUUUGUACGCUCGGAACGAUAAAAAAAAAAAAAACCAAGAAGAAUGAUAAUAUAUUAUACCUAGUAACUAUAUAUACAAUAUUACGAUGGUAUUAUAUAUUACCUAUACGUAUUAGAAGGUAUCCAAAGAAUAUUAUUCUUGAAAUCGUACAAAAAAAAAAAUAAUACGUUUACCCAUCUUAUAUACUAUAUAAAUAUAGGUAGCUAAUCAACGCGGCCACUUUCUCUUUCGUUUUAGCCGUUUCAUAUAGACACACUCGAUGUAAAACGACGAUUGGAUACCUAUACGUAAAAAACAAUAAUCUGUUUUUUCUUGUCGAACGUGUUUCAUAUGAUGUCCGUGGUAAGUUCCACUUACGAUAGUAAUCGAAAAUGACGUACGAUGCAUAUUUUUUUAAAUAUUUGACUAUAGGGUAUGCAACCUCAACCCGAGGGAUUGGAGAGGGACGGAAAUAAAAUAAAAGUUUAAUUUUCGAAGUAUCUGUCACAUGGUUACACGAGCGUGUACAGUAUCUCUGGCCGAAAAAAAGCGAGCUUUGUAUUGAUAGAAUCCGCACAUUGAUUAUUACGGAUUUUUAUUUAUUUUAUUAUUUUUUUUUUUUUUAAAGGGAGGAUAGACGACGGAUUCUUAUACAAUAAUUUAGUAGAAUAGAAAUAAAAUGAUAUAAUAUCUUAUCCGCAAAAGUCCAAUAACCAUAUUAUUAUUCGCAUUGAUUCAUUAUGUUCAUAAUGUUCAUCGGGAAUAUUAUUGUUUUGGUGGCGGUUCUAAGUAGGUACUCCCGCAAACGAAACAUUUUUCACUAAAUCGAAUACAUUUUACGAAAGAAUAUUAAUAAAUAAUAUAAAGUAUAAUAAUAUUAUUGUCACAAUAUAUCUGCGGUUAAUAGAUUAUUAACUUAACGAAAUACGAAUGGGUAAUACCGAUACGUAUUGUUUUGUUUCAGUUAUUUGUUUUUUUUUUUUUUUUUUUUUAUUAUUCGAGGAUACUCAACCUCGUUUAUGUUAAAUAACUUUCGAAUGCUUUGUGGUUUUUUUGCCGCGUCGUGAGACAAUAAAGAUAAUAAUACAGUUAAUUUAACGUUUUAAUUGUUCGAUUUUAUUUAGUGAACUGUAUUUUACUUUUUUUUUUUUUUUCAAAGGUCUAUGCAAGUUAUCUAGAUACAUUUUUUUUCAUUUAAACAAUUUAUUAACUGUUAUCGUUUUAAUAACACUGUAUGAUUACCGCGUGUUGAAUAAUAAUAAACCGCGUCUGUUAUAACACUGUACAUAGUAACUUAACUUCAUAUAUAUAUUUUUUUUUUAGUAAAUUUUAAAACUACUUAACAAUUUGAAUAUGGUUUUUUCCCUGAUCAUUAGUUUCUAUUGCAGUAGUACGUAGAGAAAUACAUUGCAAAUAUUAAUAAUGGAACACGAGUUAAAUAAUUUAUAAUAAUGGCAAUAUUAUUAUCACUGUGCGCCUAAUACUCUAACCGCAUGCACUUACGGUAUAAUUAAGAUUAUUGUUAACAUUAUCAUUAACGCGGUGAUGACGUAAUUAUAUUUGAAACGUACACAAUAAUAUACACUAUACUCUCUCUCUUGUAAUAUUAUACGAAUUACAUUUUUUUUUUUUCUUAGUUUGUGCCUCGGUCUGUAAUACUUACACACGUAGGCUUCAAAACGCCUCGGGUACGUCCGUAUGUAAGUAUUUGUGUGAGCGAGUGUGUGCGAGAUUUUAAUAAUAAUAAUCGUAAACAAAUAUAUUGUAAUAAACUAAUACGUGUUUUACGAUUCUUAUGUGUGUACAAUUGAAAGUCUGUAAUAUCUUUCUGUCCAUUAUAGGUAUAUAAAUGGAUAGUUUUAUGAAACUUUGCACACUUGACAUUCGAAACCGAAGGAAGGUUAUACUGUCUAUACUUUUUAUCUCGAAAUUCAACCCCUAAACGGUUACUGAUACAGAGGUUUAUGGUAUUUUUUGAACGAAAUAAAAUUUUUUUUUCUUUUGUCAAUUUAUGGGUUAUUUUUGUGACACGAAUAAAAAAAAAAACAGUUAUUAUUAUUUAAUUUGGUUGUUAUACACACGAAAAAGUAUCCUUUUUCAACGAUAAAUUUCUGUCCAGAAAAUAACGAGUAAUUCAGUCAUUUUAUACAGGGUGAGCACACUUAGUAAAUAAUAUUAUUUUAAAGCAGUAUAUUUUUGUUUUAUUUUAAACGCGUUGAUAAUUUACUCCCAAAUACAAUAGUCUCGAAUUAUACGUUUAGUAUAAUAUUUGGUACGCAACCGGAUACAGGUCUAUUUCCGUUUACAAAAAAAAAUAUAUAUAAAUUCUAUCGGCAAUAGAAUACGACUAAUAGAUAAAAUAUUUCAUAAUAUAAAGUAUUAUUUGCGUUGGCGCGUUAUGGGGAAUCGCGUGUAAAAAAAUAUAUUAUAUUGUCGCAUAAUAUUUUUUUACUCUUCGAUUUAUGAUUUAAAUAAUGUGCGCAAUUCGAUAUUAUAUAUACUAUGACAUUUUAUUUUAUAUUGAUUAAUGCGAAAAAUUACGAGGCUUUUUUUAUCUUUGUUACUAAACCACAAUGAAUUGAGGAGAUUAUACAGUAUAAAGUGCUCGAAUUGAGGGAGGACGCAGGGAGAUGAAGUAUCUCAACUAUUUUUUCAGAAAUGUAAGCAUACCUUUAUUGUUUGUUUGAAGUGAAACGUAUGAGACGCAGUGGAGGAUACAAGGGGUGCCAUGGUGAUUACUCGCCUUUGGGCUGGUUUUCUUUAUUCUGGUAAUUCUUUAUAUUUUUUAAUUCUUUAUUUAAUGUAUACUUUUUUAAUAAAAUCUGCCUCUUUUAAACAACCCUAGGAUCUAGCACUGCCUAUUACGAUUAAAACAUGGUAUAUAUUUUGAAUUUUUAUCGACAUUUAUUUUCAUUAAAAUUUGAACUUAAAGCGCUUACAAGAAAAUUACUACAUUACGUUGAACUUUUUUCAUAUAACCGAAAAAUUUCCAGAAUGAUUUGAAAAUUUGCCAUGAACUCAACUGGAUGGUGACAAUCGCGGAAGUGCGGGAUGCUUAUGUUUCUAUAAAAUAUUACGUGCGACACAGACAGAGACAAAUAAAAUCUAAUUUAGUGGAAAGGCACAAAAGAAGGAAAUAUUCUUAAGGCAGCAGGGUCCGAAAACCGAGAGAAGCCGGACGCACAGAAGAACAGAUGGGAUACGUGGCGAGUUUUGUAUUUAGUGGCGUAACGCGGCUUUAAAGGUCAAAUUUCGCGGAAAAAGACUAAGAAUUAUUUCGCUAUAAAAGAAAAACUGAAAGAAAAAUGUACGUUUUUAUAAUAUGCGAGUACCUACGAUGUUAAAUUAUUAUUAUUAAAAACUGUAUACGGUUGCGCUGCGUCGUUUUUACGACAUUGGUGAUACCUGAUGCAGUUUUGUUGUAUAUUGUCUGUGUCUGCCGCAGAAGUGAGAACAAAAAUAAUUGCCCGUAAAACGGGUUGAACGGUUUUAUGUUUUUUAACCCGAUGAGCCCGAGAAGAAGCGUACAGUAGUAUUGACCGUGUAUUAUACGUAGACGAACGAAUACGAGUAUAAUAAAGUGUAAUACAUACGUAUAGUUGGUAUAUAAAACCUAAUGUUUUUUUUUAACGAUGUGCACAUUGUUUUUGUUUUAUUUUUCACCGUGCAAGAAUAAUAAUAUAUUUGCAUAUCCUACCGUCGUUGUAGUCGACCAUUAUUAUUUAUUAUAUUGGUAUUGCUUUGAACUUGAUACCACAAUUCGUCGGAUGCGGUGACCUAGGCCUACAAACGACGCGCUCGGCGAGUUCCAGUUUUUUUUUUUUCUUUUUUUUUUCAGAAACUCGCAAACUGGAUAUUAUUAUACCAACACUAUCGACGGCGCAGCAGGUCGUGAGUAUACUUAAAAAAUACAAAUAAAAACGCGCGAUAUUCACGUAUAUAACUAGGUACCUAUAUAUAAUUUACGAUAAAACCGACCGAACGAUUUUAUGCAAUAAUAUGUAUUAUUAUAUAGGCAAUGUGUAAAAUUGUGUAACACACUACUUGGCGAGUAGCGUCGUCAGCGACGAGCGAUGAAUCGAAACAAAUAAUAUAAAUUUAAAAAAAGAAAGUAUACACAUAUUAUAUAUUAUCUUUUUAUUUGUCGGUGAUAAUAUUCAUAUUGUUAUUAUUAUUGUUAUCAAAUACGUUUCAAAACAGUAGCUAAAAUAAAAUAUAUGUAUACGUUAUGUUUACAAUGUAUUGCCGACAGUCAGAUAUAAGAUGAAUAGAUAAUAUAGUAUUAUUAUGUAUAGACAGGUAUUCGACAGCAGUCUGCAACUUUCGUACGAACGCAUUAUUAAUGUGCAUCGCACGUGUCUGGGCACCUACUUUUUUGUCGGUUAAUUUACAAAGAAUUUUUUUAAGGUGGCGGGCGGGGUCGCACUCGGUCUUCCGAAUUUCGUCCAAUUCUCGGCGCCAUUUGAAAACUAUUAUCCACCUUUUAAGUAUACAGUAAACGUAAUAAGGGCGAGGGAGAGGCAGACGAUUCAACAACAAUAUGAUUGAUGGGGCAGAAUUGUCGUGUGGACAAACGUCUACGGGAAAGCCCGUGACAUACGAUGUACAUGCACCUACCUACGGGAAUGUCGUUUGUAAAAUGUACUGUUAUGGCCGUGUUGUGCAUACAGGCAGAGAUAGUUAACCACAAUCAUAAUAUUAUUAUAAUAUCUAUUUCGAACGACAACGAUUAUGUACACGUGGCGUUAUGCAAUUGUAGUUUUCAAUGUUACUGGGUUAUAGCAAUUUUCGUGUUCAAACGUCUGCACAGUAUACUCGUAAUAUUAUCAUGUAUACCUGCUUAUAUCUGAAAGUUACCGUGCAUUAUGACGUAGAAGUAUAAUAAGAGAGAGAGACAUUAAGAGCGAGCAAAAAAAAAAAAAAUAAUACCCGUCCGUAUUUUUAUUUAGCCGGUAUAUUGAUGAAUUCGAUUCGAACGAACGUGUUUUUUUUUCGUUAUAACAUUAUGCAAUCCGCAGAAAAAAAAAAAAGCUAUAUACAUACGAAAUUUUGACUAUACUAUACCCGUACGGUUUUUAAAACCCGUGUAAUUUAAAUAGUAUUUUUUUUUCCGACAUCCAAACGUCCGUGUUAUUAUCUGUGUAAACUUCCCCAUUAGCGUAAAUCGUAUGUAUACGCCAUUUCAAGGCCGGCAAAACAAUCGGAUUACCCGUCGGGUUUGGUUUUUUUUCUUUCAAAAAAAGGUUUCUGCACACGUAACUAUGUAGAAUGCAUAUUCGUUUCGGACAACCAUGCGCGCGAUCAUGUUGAAUUAUGUAUAAUCCGUAUUAAUAAUACUAUAUCGAUUGGUGUGAUCUCGUCGAAAAAAAAAAAAAAAAGAAAAAGAAAAAAAAGGGAACGUUCAGUGUAAUUUUUGCUGUUACACGAUACAGACACUAUUAUACAUAGAUACUACAUAGAUUCGAAUUAUAUUAUUAAACGCACAUCUCGAAUAAAUUAAUAUUAUAUUAUAUUCCACGCGUUUUACAUUUUAAAUAUGCGUGUUUUGGACAAGACGUGAAACUUUCACAUUGUAAUACUAUAUAUACGGCAUAAGCAUAACCUAUACUCUAAAAGAUACAAUUCCUUCUAAAUUUUUUUUUUUUCCGGCGUACAAUAUAACGCGUUGUAGGUAUAAAUAAGAUGUAUAAACGGUGAUUUAAAUAUUCGAUUUUGUUUGAACGCGCUAUUAUCGUGUACGGUUUUCGAUUAUUCCGGACGGAUGUCGUAAAGUGCACUUUUCAAAGUACCUAUACACAUUACACCUGUAUUAAAAACCGCAAAAAAAUAUCACCGGUCUAUUUAUUUUUUAACGCUCGAAAAUCAGUAGGAAAUCGAACGGGGACGGUACUUUUUAGGAAAGUAUUACGCUUGUAUCUAUUUCAUAAAUCGGAAAUUUAAAAGAAUUUUGCCGAAAAUAAUUUAUGUUUGUUUCACACCGGUUAUUGCCAAUAUUCUAACACGUUUCAACAUCCGAAAUCCGUGUACACACCUGAGGCGUAAAAUGCCGUGCUUAGUAACGUUUAUAACAGCUAGGACGCAGUAAAAUUACAAACACCUAACUAUCUAAAUACAAUAAUAUAAUAAUGAUCAGAAUGGUUGGAUGAGGUCGUAGGAGGAGGAUAUAGGCGACGGUCAUAGAACGGGAAAAUGCAAUUUUAAAAUAUCCAUACUAACUUUUCAUUCCAUAAUAUGUUUUUAAUACUUUUAAAUAAAACCUAAUUUAAAUUAUAAUGUAUUUACUGUCUAGUUUUGAAAUUUUUUCAAUAACCUUAGGCAAAUAACUGUUAUAAUAAUAGUGAUGAAUUGUGGUAGUCGGACGACCAUUUUGAAUCCGUUAGUUAUGAAUUAUGAUAAAGUAAUGUCGAAUUUUCAGCUGCUCAAAAAUAUUAAUUUUUCGAAAUAAUAUCUAUACUAAAAUAAUCCGAUCAUCGAGUAUUAAUCGGUUUAAUUGGAUUUUUCUUCUCAAAAAGAUUAUUGAUUAUGAACGACAGUCAUAAUUUAUUGUUUGUAGAAUAAAUCAAAUAAAUUUAUUCUCGUGGUGUACUCAUAUUAUUUAUAGUAACUACCAAUACAAAUGUAUGUGGUUAAAUAAUUUGGGAGGAAAAAUGGGUUGCACGGAGAAUUUUCCACGUUUUAGAUCGUAAAAAUAAGAAGGUUACAGGUUCUGGUGGAAAAAAUAAAUUUUUGAUCGCAUAGUUCACAUUAUUGUACCUACCUACUGUUUUUUUUCGCAGUUAAGAGAAAGCAAUAAAUUAGACUAGUUUUUUUUCUUCUAAAUGAUUUUGCGCGUUACGGCCACUAAAAGCGUACUGGUGUGUACCUUCGAUUAAAAACGAUUUUAGGUCGUCCGAUGUAAUAUUGUCAAUAUGGUACCUACACAUAUAUAUAUAUAUAUAUAUAAUAGAAUGUUUCAAGCAUUUUAAAGUAUGACCGAAGUCGGGAUAUCCUCCUAGCUCUUUAAGUAGGUAGGUACCUAUCUAUAUAACACACGAGUAUACCUACACCGAUUUGGGUCAAAACUAAACACACAUAAUAAUAUUCUACUUGAUUGAGGUCAGCUGGCCAUAUAAUAUGAUCGCGGUUACGAAUCGCGGCGCACACGUCGUUCGUCGUGGUCGUCGUCGUCGUCGUCGUCGUUCUACCCUAAGGACUCACUAUAAUAUUAUAUACGGAUCGAGAGAGUGUUUAUGUACUCCGGAUAGGAGAAUAAUAAAAAAACGAUUUUGUUCGUAGGUUAGGUUGUUUUAUUUACCCGACAGCAUAAAUCACGUUGCUCGAAGAAUAUUAUAAUGUACAGUCGAGUACAAUAUGACAACGGCGAUGACCUUCACCCUAUUCGUAUAAAUAUGUGUAUAAACAUAUUUAUAAUAAUAUUACGAUGUCAUGUCUUCUGGACCAGCAAAAGACGUUAUUUUAAUAUAGGCGCAGACAGGUGAAUGUUGAAGAGUUACCGUAUUUUACACACGACGACGAAACGAUAAUUACACGCACUUUUACUGCCGUACGUGUGCGGAUAAAACUGAGUUUUUAGCGAUGCCGUGAACCGAGUGCGAUGUCAAAUCGUUUGAUCCGCCGACGUAUCUGAGUGCGGAUUAAUUUUUUUUUUUCUGUUAUUAUCCUAAAAUACUAUACUAUAUUCGUUUGAGCGCGUUUCGUAAGCCUAUUCGAGCGCGAGUACUGUUUUUUUUUUUUACUCUAAAAUGUUCACGGGUCAUUUGAAGGCGUUUUAUUUCGAGUAGUACUAUACGAUACGACCGCAGGUGUUUCCGGGCUACUCCGCUUGGUACAAAAACCCAUAACCUACCCGCUGGUGCGAACCUGUUACCGUUCGAGGAAUUUUAAGUGUCCUAAACGUAAAUAGCUAGAGCCCAGUCGUUGAAAACCCACGUUGCGUAAGUCACAGGAAUCUGUUAAUAAUCCCGCAUUAUAAUAUUAUGUUGUGUCUCGUCAAUAUAUAUAAUUUUAAAAUCGCGUUCAAAUGGGCGGUGGAAAUUGUUCAUGUCCGAUUUGCUGCAGUAGGUACCGGAUAUUGAUAAUAUACGAACACGUGCCGUUUUUUCCGGAAACGGCCCGUUUGAUAUGCACGUCCCGUCGUAGAUAUACUCGUAUAAAAUUACACUGUUUCGCAUCUCGGCGAUAAAAAAACGCGCGAAAAAAAGACUUUUAAGAAACGACGUUGCGUCGCGAGUUUGUUGUCUCGAGAAAAUCGACUUUUUUCUGUUUAUUUAUGAUUCAACCGGUAAUAGCCUGAAUAAGACAGCUGGUGCCUGUAGCUCUGAUAAUACAUGGUACACAUCACACGCUUAUGCGGCUGAACGUAUAUAAUGUAUUUAUAUAUAUAUAUAUAUACGUAAUAUGUCUUCAUAAAGGUCAAGUUUACCGAAACGUAAUACCCGAUGAUAGAUGUGCGUGGGUGUAAUAAUAUAAUCAAGUAUACAUACACUGCACGUAUUUCCAGGUGCUAUACAAAGGACGACGCGAACAAAUAUCUACAAAAUGUCGUAAAAAAAACCUAAUAAAACAAAUAUACACAACGUUUUUACGUUUAAAUUUGAAAAGCCCAAAAUCGAUUCUUUAACUUCCUCAAACCGCAAGCGGUUUUUUCUGUCUCCCGUCAAUCAAGUCCUUAUCAAUACUUAGUCUACAUCAUCGAUAUUAGGGGUUGUUAUGCGAAAAAAAUUCGGACAUUUUGCGCUUACGGUAUCAAUCUCAAAUUCUAUAAAUCUUGAAAUCCUUAUAAUUCCUAAAUCGAGAAAUAGUGUUUGUCCGUUAGAGUUUUAAACGAUAAAUCGAUAAAGUACGGACAUGAUCGCGGCACGAUGAUGUCCUCGAGUUUUAUACGCUUCAUGUUAUAUACGCGCGUAAAGUAAACGUAAAAUGAAAAAAAAAAAAAAAAAAAAAAACAAGAUAUACUACUAUAUAUAAUGUUAUUGUUGUAUACAAAACAACGACGAUAUAAGCCUCAAGUUGGUGAUUUUUUUUUUUUAUUUUUGCUCCACAAUCGUCGUUGUAUACCCGGCGUCGAACGAGUUUUCGCAUGUUUGCGCAACACGAUAAUAUAAUAUUACUAUAUUAUUAGGUUGGUAUAUUAUUAUUGCGUGGUGCGUAUACCCGGGAACGUAUUCAAAAAGCCGACCGACACGAGUCGUCUUCGAAAAGUUAUGUCAUAUUAUGCGCGUGUUUAAAAUACUACCCGCAUUAUUACAAUAAUAUUAUUAUGUUAUAUGAUAAUAAUCCGCAGCCGCGUGUUUAUAAUCUCUUUGAAGUAGGCAGGUACAUUUUGUACACCUCAUAUACAUAUUAUAUUUAUAAUAGUAGGCACGACGCUUUUUAAGUAAUUGCACAAUAACGUGUACAGAGCGGUAAAUUACGAAUUAACGUAAGACCACUCACGUUAUCUCGGAAAGUCUUCCUUUUUUUUUUUUUUUUUUUUAAAUAAUUUUUUAGAAAAUUUAAGAAACAGUUCUUCUAAAACGUUACAUGAUCGUUUUUGUUUUCUUUUUGACACGUUUAUUUUUAUUGGGACGAAACCACUUUUGACUUUCAAAUUGCGACCUAUAUUAAUAAUUCCAUCCGUAGACGAAGUUUUAGGUUGAAUACAAUUUCGGCGUCGACAUUUGUAUUUAUUUUUUUUACCAUUUUGACGAGAUAUUCCAAUAUUUGAGUUUGUCAUUUUGUCGAUAGUGGGCAGUGGUGAAACGAACGUGGUUUUUCAGAAUCGGGUUGAUUCGCGAUUUUAUUCAAUUUUUUUAAGAUUCAGGGGUAUUGGAUAGGUCAUAAGUUGCUUCUGGAAUAUUUUAGGUUCGUUUCACCACUAGCAGAGGGAUAAUGGUAAUUUGUUUGGAUUUUUUGUGUGACGUUUAAAUAAUAAUCAACGUUUUGCCCGUAAAAAAUAAAGGUGCGACAUCUACAAAUAACGGUAAUGUACCAUUUUGCUUGUUCCUUAAAUAUUCUAAACAAAUACUUUUCGACAUAGUGAGCGUUUUUCGUUACAUCGAUCACCCUGUACGGGCUGUGUGCAUAGUACUUAGGCAAUAAUAAUUAGUUUCUUCCAUACGGCACAUGGAGUUUAAUACGUUUAUAAAAACGUUCCCGUAUAUAUACUUACAAGCGGCGUUGUUACUUAUUAGAAGUACCUACCUAUUAUUUAUCAUUAUUAUACACUCGCACUCCGUGUUGACGCCAUAACCUACAUCAACGUACGUACCUCUACACCGUAUAAUAUUAUAUAGUGUCGCGACUAUUGUCUAACCUAAAUGUUCUACACCGACGACGACGACGUGCCGUUUAAAAAACGCGUUUGAAAGUCAAAACUUGUUGAAAGAAUAGGAGACGACGAGGAUUAAUUGUAGUGGGAGGAGAAGGCGCAGUAAUGUCAAUAAUAUUCGCGAUGAUAUUAUGCGUAUAUACAACGAUCGCCAGCCGAGAGACGUAUAAUAGUAAUUCGCACGAUUUUUACUUGAAAAUAUUCGAAAAUCGAUUUAAUUUCUCGACAGAGCAAAAUAUAAUUUGACCUAUAUUAUAUGAGUAUACGUUUUUUUUUUUUUUUGUAUUAAAAACUUCGUACUUCAUUUUUACUCUUAACUGCGACUUUUGUAAUUAUUAAACUCUUUAGACUACUACAAAUAAAAGUUAUCUAAUUGUGCAGUAAAAUUCUUUUCCGACAACUAUUUAUUCAUUGUUAUGCAUAGAUUUUUAUCGAAAUGUUCAGGAGUUUAUGUGAUAGAUAUACUUAUUUAUUCAAAUAAAUAUACCUGAUACAUAAAAAUCGACAUUUUUAAAUUUCUAGACAAUUUUCUCUAUAAUAAUUAUGCUGCAAUAUAUAAGAGCUUUCGUACCCUAUAUUUUACCCCAUUUUCAAUGUCUAUAUUCUAUUCUCAAUCCCAGUCCAUCUCCAUGCCACGUUUUUUUCCGCAACAAUACGUUGUCUCUCGGCCUUUAUUUAUUUAACAAUUAUAUCAAGAUAGUUUCUGAGAAAAAACAAUGUUUGAAUCGCAUUCAAUAAAGAAAUAAUAUUAUAUUAGUUAUCAGUUGUUAAAAUUUUCUAAAAUGAAAUAUCGUCGUUAAUAUUUAUGAGUUCUUUCGUAUACACGAGCGAUUCUUUUAAAAUAAUAAUAUUAUAAUUCAAUAAUAAUUAUGUAUUCAAUUUUUAUUUUUUAUAUGAACCGGAAACCUGUUUUCGGUACUACCUAUACUAUAAAUCCACAAUUUUAUUCAAAUGUUUGAAACCGUUUACAAUUAUAUACUUAGGUAAUAUACCGCGGUUUAUUUUUGAGUACAAUAUGAUAUUAAUUAACGAAAGCAACAGGUUCUUGUGAUAUUAUUAUUUAUUGAAUAAUUCGAACUGAAACCGUAAUUUUCGUUUUUUGAUAUUUUAAUUACGUUUAGCCAUAUCCCGAUUUGGUAUUUGUGAUUUACAGCAAUAUGGUAAAAUAAACUCGUUAACAAAAUUAUUAAGUCAACAUAUUUUUCAUUACACGCUCAUCUUCGAAGUCAACUUAUUUUAUAAGACGUAACGCGUAACAUACAAAUAGUCUGUAUUGUUCACGGGUAGAAUAAUGUUAUAGGUGCACGAUAAUUAGGAUGGUAUAUGAUAUGUAGUUUAUGAUACGUAAUUUAGUUUAUAUACGGUAACGAUGAAUCAUUGAAAACGAAAAAAAUGAUUUUGAUCGACAAAGUGUUAUAGUCGUGAUUGUUGCCCUUGUCGUCAGUGUAUCCCAGAAAUGAACAUAAAUCAAACAACCAAAAAAGAACUCGGACGGGGGUGAACUGUAGAAAACCGCAAUAAAUGUAGCAAAUAAAGUACCGCCCGGCAGAAAUUCUGCACGUUCUUUAGGUACUGCGUGAAAAAAUUGGAGCAAUUGUCUAAUCGCCAUAGUGAAAAAAACAAUUUUUUAAUGGAAAAAGUAUUGGGGAUUUCGUACGAUUUUUCAAAUAAAACCAUAAAACCAAUAAAUAAAACAAUAAAACCAUCGGGCGUUGAAUCCGCAUUUUUUAAUAAGGUAAUAUGACAAUGCAUAAUCCGAGAACUUUUACUGUCCGUAAAAAUGUUUACCAAGAAAAAAAAACACAUCUUUGUAAAACUAAUAGUUUCUCCGAAGAGCUUCUUUUAUUCAGAAUCUAAUAUGUGUAUAUAUAUAUAAUAAUAUAUAUAUUAAUACGUUAAAAAAAAAUAAAAAGGUUACUAUAGCAAGCUUUCCGUCGGUAAAUAUAUUUUAUAUACAAGAGGAUAAUAACUGAUAAUAACAGAUUUGUGUUUGUAUACGUGUGGGCAAAUAUAGUAGUUCCACUUUAAAGAAUAUAAACCGAAUACGCACGGCGUAAAGUAGAAAGGUGAAGGACGGCCGAGAGAAUAUAAUAUACCUAGGUUGGGUGUAAAAAAUGAUUUUAACUCUUUUGAUUAGGUACCUGCAUAACAACAAGUGUGCCAAUCGUUUGCUGAGCGUACGUUUUACCGAUUAUCCGGUAGAAUGUGUAUAAUUCUUUUAGUUAAUAAACUAUAGGCUUAAUACGGUUUUUUUUUUUUUUUAAUCGUGUAUUCGACGUUUAAUUAAUAUUAUGAAAAGUUUUUUUUACCACCUAAUUUGCUACGACCGUAGUAACUUUUGUACCGGCGCGGUUUCUGAUGUUUUCGCCCGUCCGCGUGAGAAUUAACGUUUAUUAAAUAAAUCACGUAUACUAUACGAUUGCUUGCAAUAAUAGCGUGUACACUCCUAUUCGUUGACCUCAUGCGAUGUGGAUACGACAACACAUUAUAAUAACAUCGGACGAGCGGCGGCGAUUCGCGUUUUUUCCCUCCACGUAGGAAAAUGAAAGUGUGUGAUUUUAAAUAAAUUAUAAUAAGGGGACCGCUGCCGUAAAACACUACCGCACUUCUAGUAUUUUUCAAAACGGUAUUCAAAAUCGAUAAACAAAAAAUAACUACCCACGAUAAGCACUCGGAAGUGCGGGUCCUAUGUUUGGAGCGAUUCAUACAGAUAAAUUUUAAAACAAAAAAUAAAAACGUCCCGGGAAAACUAAAAAAACGUUAUUCCGACAAAAAAGUUUCAAGGUAAAAAAAUAAAAAAAUACCAUAGUUUUCGCAGUAAACAACUUUUUUCGUUCUUUUGGAUAUCGAAACUAAAAAAAAAAGUCGAUACUGUUUACGAGUAGGUUCGCUCUACUGUCUGUAUAAAUGGGUAGUUAUGGGAAGGUGCGUAAAGUAUACACACGGGCCAUUCGGUUUACACUACGUGCAAAGAUAGAUAUUCGCUAACGAAAAAUCGAUUCUGAGCGUAGUAGUCGACAGAAGUCGAAGAGCUAGGAGCUGCGGAAAAUCUCGGUAAAUGUUUCGAACGAAAUGGGUAUACCGCCGGGCGAUAAAUCCCGCGUAUUUUGAGGCGAGUACCUACCACGCGGACAAAUCGAACGUUUUUUCCGUUUUGGAUCAUUGGGGGGAGGGUGGGGGGGUUGGACCGCAUUUAAGACCCGGUCGCGUACGGCGAUAAUUCGUUGUGCGAGUUCGUCCCGGCGGUGUAGACACUUGUCCGUUUUACUCGACUCGACUUUUCACUCAACAGCGCCCGCCCGCUAAAACAAUCGUAAUGACAUUACAUUGGGUAUAUACCGAUUACCGAAAUGGCGGUCACAAGGUACACACGCGCGUCGCGCACAAAUACAAACAAACCGGACCGCCGAGUCGUCGCGCGAAAGUGGAUCAAGGGCAACGGUACCGAUAUUAUUAUUAUAUUAUUUAUAUGCUCCGAUCGCGACUCAUCGGUCGGCGGCUGCUGCGGGACACGUCGUCUGUUCCGUUCCGUUUGCGAACCGUUGCGACUGAAAAUCGGUUUUUUACCUCCGGGGAGUUUACGCCGCGGACAAAAAAAAAAAAAAAAAAAAAAAAAAAUAAUUUCUCGUACGACGGUCCACGAAAAACGCCGUAUACGGUGUUAUCAUUUCGGGACGGUCGAAAUCUCCUUGCUUUUUGUGUCGCAGCCGUCCGUCCCGAAGACAGGUUUUAACGCGUAUUAUUGUAUACGUUUAUUGGGCGGUUUCUUUAUCUCUUCCGGUAUGUAUUUUUUUUUUUUUUUCGGACGGACUUCCUUUAUAUUAAUACGGUGUGCCGGUCAGCCGUACCGACGCCGCCGCCGCCCCGCCCGUCCCGACGAAUUUCGUAAUGUGGCACACUUUCUAUUACUCGCGGUAAGACGGUUUUAAUCGGUUUUUUUUUUUUUUUUUUAUAUACAGAACAGCAGUAAAGUAUAUAUUAUUAUAGUGUUAACGCGAGACUUCGUCUACGCAUCGAUUAUCGUCAUCGUAUCAUUUUUAUAAUAAUAUGAUAGUGCGGGAGCCGAUAUUGGAUUUUUUCCCGUAUCCGCGGCUACCGAUACGAAACCGACACCCGAUCCCAUGUUUGAAAUCGAAAACCUCGAGACGAUAAUGUUUCGUAAACCCGAUUCGUUUAUAAACGUUUUUUUUUUUUUUUUUUUUUUGAUGAUCCACGAGACAUUUGAAAAAAAAAACCGAAAUCCGAUAUCGAAUAAUAAUUGUCGACCGACGACGAUUAAUACAAUAAUAGCCCGUGACCACUGAAAUUCCGAGGUUUUGUCUUCUCAUCGCGAUAUGACUAAUUUCGAAAUAACAGUGUUAUAAACGCCGCAGACCGCAGAUUUUAGGGGUUUUGUCGCGCGCGGGUUUUUUUAUUUUUUUUUUUUUUACUACAAUGACUGUGGCCGAGUGCUGGAUUUUACGGGAAUUUAUUUCGAUCUUGUGUGGCCCAACAGGCAAUCACGAACAGGUAUAAAUAUUUCGUCACAAUAUUCCGGCGGUAACGUUUUCUUUUUUUUUACUUUGUAAAUCUUCGGUCGGUAUCUAUUAUAAUAAUAAGGUUAAGCCGAAAUAUAAUUUAGCGCGGACGACGUAAUAUUUCAUUUUGUAUAAUCUUAAUAAAUUAUUAGUCACGGGUUGAAUAAUAAUGCCUGAACUAUGCGGACCGGGGCUAAACACCUUUGAAUGUAACGUUUUAAAAACCUAUUAGUCCCCGGUAUCGCCUCGCACAACAAUGUGGUAAAAAAACGAUUUCCCAACGACAUUAUAUUAUUAGUAUUGUUUGUUCCGAUAUUCCGACACAACGUCGUACCUAUAUAAUAUUUCCUAACCGUUUGUAUAGUCUGAUAGUAUUCCCGUCGAGUGCCGCGAGGAUUAAAACAUAUUAGGUAUAAGGUAGCGUUUUUUUUUUUUUUUUUUUUUUUUACCUGUAAGAGGUACAAUAACAAUAUAAGGAGCUACGUGAGAUAAAAAAAAAUAACAGUACACAUGUACGAAAUCUCAUCGAGAGGCCAGGUACUGUAACAGACGGUUUGAACAUGAGUAAAAAUGGGGACCGAGAUCAAAUAAAAAAAACAUUUCAAUGAAGGCGGGGGAAAGAGACCCAGAAAGCAUUGGUCAAAUUGAGCAAAGCCGGAAAAAAACGGGAAACAUUGAUCGGAAAGAAUGUAUUGAUAUUUUUAAAGAAAUUACAUUAUUCCUUAGCACCUUUUCAUAUUUAACAUAUUUUUUUUACAUCACAAUAAAAUUUCGAGCAUCAAGAGAUCUAGCAGCUCACUUCACGAUCUGAAAUGGAAAUAAAAAAAAAAAAAAGGGGGACUUAUAUUCCAAUAAAAAUGUAUAUAUUUAAGGAAACGGUACACAUGCAUUCGUUGUAUCCGUCGUUAGUUCGUUAUGGCAAACGCUCGACAUGGGACAUUUGCGUUUAGCAGAAUCAAUUUUGGGCUGUACAUUUUAAUAUACAAUUGAUUGAUCUACUAUCAAACGUAUCUGCGUGUUGUUCGUUGUUUGUUUUUUCGUUAUUUUAAUUUUAAAGCGAGACACGAGCGUGUGAAAUAUUACAAUUAUUUAAGAAUAAUCAGUUCUCUCUUGGAAAUUAAAAUAUCGGACAAAAUCAAUAGCGUACAAACUCAGCUAAUGUUCUUACCUUUAAGUCUGAUGAUAGAUAUAAAUUCACUACAUCAUUGAAAUUAAAAGCGUACAAUUGGUUCUGCUGAAUGCAAAUUUCCCAUGUGGUACGUUCUCAAGACAUAAAAAAUUAAUAUGCAUGCGUAUAGCAUCCCCUUGAAAGCGAUUAAAAGCGAUUAUUAUAUGACGUUCCCUUGAAAUGCGGUGCUUGGGACCCCUCUGGUCCUCCUAACUUCGUCCCUGGAAUGCCGUCGGGGCAAGUUUUAAGCUUGUACAGAGAAUGACGUUUUAUACGGUGCAGGGCGAGAGAUUCGUUGAAUACCAUGCGUUUUUUUAAACCCUCUUCUCUUUUUCUUUUUUUUUGAGCGGGAUAAUAAUAUGUCCCUCGCGGUCUCGUUACGUGGUCUCUUUUAUUUCGUUUUUUUCCCUCCUUUUGGGAGUUACACCGCGACGUCUUAAUGAUGUGUUACAGGGUUUUUGGAACUCGGCCAUACCUAUAAUACGAGUAUAUAUAUAUAUAUAUAUAUAUACGCAACGAUAUUUUAUUCUGGAAGUCGUCCAUACGUGCGCGAGGUUUCCGUUAAUGUAUUUUAUUUUUAUGAACGAAUUUCGGUAUACUAUUAAUGCUGGUAAUAUGUUGUAUUUUUGUGAAAAAAGAAAAAAGAAUAAUAAUAAUAAUAAUAAUAAUUUCGAAAAUCGUAAACCUAUUUCGGUCUCGGACGUUUUAUACGUUUUAUCGCGUUUAAGUGCAUUGCUGCAAUAUUAUUAUUACGCGCCUCGGCAUUAGGUAUAAAUCAUUUCAAAAAUAAAUGGGCUAUUUUAUAACAUACGUGUACCUACGCUUUAAGUUAUAAAUAUAUAUGUAUAAAAAAUAAUAACGAAACCUAUAAGCGGGGGGAAAAAAAAUAUUUCAUAAUUAAAAAAAAAAAACUAUUCGAUUCCGUUAAACUAUUUUCCGUCAGUGUAAUACCUAUGCUAUCGUGUUAUUGACAGCGUAAUAUAUAGGUAGUAGUUGGUUUUUUUUUUUUUAACAUUAUAUUAUUGCGUGGGUUUUGUUUUUAUUUUUUAGCGUAAUAAACGAUAGUAAUGAGUAUUAUGUAAUUUAUGUAACAAGUUUUUCGAAAAUAAUAUUAAGUUGCAGUUUGAAAUAUCAAAACCGUCAUAAUAAUGCACCUUAUUGUAAUACGAUGCGAUCCGCCCAACACAAUACUUAGCUGUAGUUCGUUUGAACGCGAACAUUUCUCGUUUUUGUGGUUAAUGACAAACGCGCGAUGAUGAGUACCUAGUGUAUAGGUACCUAGUAGGUCGAUGUACUCUAAUUUUUCGAUGUAUAUUAUAUUAUAUUUUUUGCUUUUGAAGAGCGGAUGAUAGAUGAGGGUUUUUUUUUUUUUUGCUAAUUUUAUGACUGCGAAAAAAAAAACCUAAAAUUAUACAUACCGGCCGACACUCGGUUAAUUUCACAGCGCAACGACCUGUUGCAGAAGUACGAGAAAAAAAAACACGAUGCCAUACUACGACACUGUAUGACCAAUUACGAAAAUAUUUAACGGUCGAAAGUAAAAUUAAUAAUAUUUUAAUACAGUUAACGAAUAGUCGAAUACCUAUAUCGUCAAAACAAAAUUUGCUUUCGUUUCGUUCACGUUCGUUUUGUGAAAUAUUCGCGUUCGCUAUACCUCGUGUUCAAGGAUUUACACGCGUACCCGUUAAAUACGCAUACUGCAGAAUUUCUCGCGGAUAUUUAUCAAUAACACUCGUAAUAUUAUUGUAUAGUUUCCUCGUUGUACGUGUCACAAUUGAUUGGUUAAAAAAAAAAAAAUACUCAACUGUACGAAUUCCACAUUAUUAUAGUGCACCGGUGACGUUAAAUAAUUAUCGACCAGAGGACGCCACACCCGCAUUGUCUACCGGCCGUACUACAACAGUCGACCAUGGCGAAAUAACGUUACGCGUAGAAAAUCGUGGCGUUUAGUUUGACAUUUUAGUUUGGAAUCGCAACAUUUAAAGCCGAGAAUAUUUCCGAGGGCGGUAUACGAGUUGCGGUUUUUCUAAACCAUCGUCAAACGAAAAAGUCACAGCCGUUUUAGUGUUAUUCUAUUUGUCGAAUUCUCCCCCCCCCUCCUCCGAAAAUAGAUACUGUUGCAUUGCAUACACAUUGUUUAUAUUUUAUCCGUUACUUUUGGAAACUCCAAGCGGUUCCCUCUGGGCCAAAUGAUCUUAAAAGCUUAUAUCACAGUUAGGCUGACGUUGCUGUGGCCCUUAUGGAGGAGGUUGUUUUUUAAAUUUUAAACACCCCUAUGCACAAACUCCCAAAUCAAUCCUGGGGUGAUGAAAUUGUCGUCAGUAUCAAUAAGAUGUGCCUUUUGUGGGUUUAAAUUUUCAACCCCUAUCCUUACCAUUUUUAUAAUCGAACUUCACUACAUUUUUUUUGUUUUUUCGAAAAUACAUAAUAUCAUUUAUUCAUUGUAUGUAGUAUAGUAUCUUAUAUAUAGUUUCCGGGUAUUUUUUUUAUAAAGACUAUUUCCCUAAUACAAAAAUUCAGGUAGCGGAAAGUUUCGGUGACGGAAGUGACUCUACUCCUUACGGUUGUAAGGUUGUUUGUCUUUCUUAUGCUGGGUUGCCACGGAUUUUUAAUGAAAAAUUAAAAACUGUUGCAAUGAUUCAAUUGUAUCUAACGCGUAGCGAAUUAUUGAAUCGUAACGUUGUUGAAUUGAUUUCGGUUCUGUAAAGUUUUGCCGAGCUGUUUGAAAAGUAUGUGAUCAUAACCACAUUAUGGAUACGUGCGAUGAUUCCUGUUCGGAUAAUGAAACACUUUCGUGCGACGCGAUCUGUUCACUAACUGUAAUUUUGCAGAACCGAUAUAGAUUAUCAAACCUGCAACCGUUUACAGUACUGUUUACGUGCAACACGUUAUUAAUAUUAUUAUUAUAAUAAUUUUAUAGUGGCGAAUAAAACGAACCAGUCGGUCGAGAAAACGUGUUUAUAUUGUGUGACGUUAUUUUUUUUUUUGAAAUUUUUUUCGUGAAAAUUCUUUACUUACGCCACCGCAUCGGGUGUACUAUAUAAUAUUCUCUAUUACUGUAUUAUUUUUAUUGUCGAGCAAACUAUUAUAUCGCAGUAUAAAAACGACGUUUGUUUCCGCGCGGAGGUAUGGGUUUAUAACUGCAAAACUGUACACCUUUUACACACCGUUUCCUGUGUCGGGUAUAUAUAUAUAUAUAUAUAUACACACUUAACGCAUCGUUGGUCGUGGUCGAAUAAGUGUCAUAUUGAAACUUAUUAUUAUUAUUUCGUGUUUAGAACAGUAUAUAUUUGCAGUUUUGCUGCCAGCAGUGGCGGCGGCGGCGGCGGCGGCGCGGUCGUGUAGCAGCAGUUCAAAAUCAAGAGCAACGAACUCUGUCAUUUUAAAAAAAAAAUAAUAAUAAUAAUAAAAACAAAAAAAAAUGUAUAAAUCGCGUACCCAAACACUAAAUAUAAUCGUAAUAAUAAUAAUAAUAAUAUCGUCCGUCGUCAGUCCGCCGCUGCAAGGCGGGAAAAAAAGGCGGGUUUUUUAUUUAUAUUAUACGAACGAUAAAAAACAAAAAAUUACGUCGAUGUGGUGUACAUAACAAUAUUGCAGUUUGUUUCAUAUGUAAUCGUCGUCGAAAAAUAUGAAAUAAUAAUAUUUUCGUAGACUACCGCCGAUGUCGAAAAAUGCAGUUAGCGUGGACUGAACUGUAUAAUAUAUAGACAGGGACUAAACAUAUUUAAUUGUUGAAAUGCAGUCACGAUGUCGAAUGAUAAUAAUAUUUUUUAUGCGUACAUUACGUCGUGUUAGUGUGUACAUUAGUCGUACGAUUAUAUUUUUUUUUUUUAGAUUUAAAUAAGCGAAGCGAACAGUACAUUUACUGUGAAGUGUUUUUUUGUGUGUGUGUGUGUCUUUAAUAAACUUUAUAUCUGAAUCUUACUUCAAUCAAAAACAUUAUAGGGACUUUUCUGUAUCAUUCUUGAUCUAGUCGAUGCAUUCGGGAGAUCAUUUUUUGAUUUCCCUUGUAGUUUUCUUAAUAAAUUGCAAAACCCGGUAAUUAUGCGUACAAUGUUUGUUGAGUAAUUCUGGGUUACUUGUGCAACAAGGGAAAAAAUACGAUCGGUAAUACUCUCAGAAUCGUUUUCCGUAGGCAAUAUAGUUAAUCGCUGAGUGCAGAUAUAAAUUGAAUUACCCUAUUUGAACUUCCUUUCCAAACAAUUGCAAUCCCAUCGGCCAUGUCGGCUUUUUUUUAGAUUCUAAAAUCGUAGUCAAGAAGCUAUAACUUACUAAUAACGCACGUUUUCGGUUGGUGGUAAUACUCCUAACCAACGUCGUAUAUUUGAAGUUACGAAUUUCCCGGAUCUAUUCGAAAUAAAUGAUCCGUAUCGAUUUCCAAUAGUUCUCCGAUUUGAUUUUCGUGUGUUUUCCGGCGUGCGUUUACAAGGGAAAUAAACACGGCCGAUCGCUAUCGCCUUAUCGUUUUAUGCCGAAAAUAGUGUCUCAGAAUAGUUUUUCGAUCGCAGUCGUUUACCCAAUAUAUGCCAGUAGUAUUAAUAUGCAUAUGCGUUCCAAAUUUUCUACACAUCAUUGGCAACAGUAUACGGCCUACCCGCGGUGCGAAUAUUCAUACUGUCGAAAAAUGUUAACGGACCGGACUGAAUACACCGCUCGUGUAUUAUUAUUAUGUAGAUGAUGGGGACUGUUGCAGAUGUUUAAUUGUUGCAGCGCGCCGGUGACAACAAUGUAGUCACGACGCCGAAGGAUGAUAAUAAUAAUAAUAUUUUUUUAUUUAUGUGUCGUAUAUUAUGAUAAUAAUGUGUGUGUGUGUGUGUGUGUGUGUGUGUGUGCAUUCGUUAGUACGGAUCUUUUUUUUUCCGUUCUUCUUUUUACACGAUCACGAACUCUUGUAAAGCGGCGCGCGGUCGCGGUUGCAUGACGAAAAAUCGCCCGCUCGCGAGUAUAUAUACACGACCGAAAUACAAAUCGCCAAAAAAUCCGCCUCAGAACGCAAUUGUGAUUUCGUAUUAUGCGCGCGGAUAAAAAAAAAAAAAUAAAAAAAUAAAAAAAAAUAAUGACAUAAUAAUGUUCUUUGUAUAUACGAUCGCCUGACGUUGUUGUUGUACAUCACGUGGCCGUAUACAUAAUAUAAUAAUAAUAAUAAUAAUGAUAAUAAUAUUUUAUACACUCGGGAGAUUCCUUAAUACACUCGCGGUUUACUAUAAUAUAUUGUAAUAUUCUAUCUGUUCGGCACGAGUUGAUAAACGGGAGGGGAAGGGAAAGGGGUGGGGGACAAAUGCAGUUUACACUUUUUCUCGCGGCACGACCGGUAAAACGCGGAUGGGCAAACGCGCAGGACGACGGUUAAAAAAAUAAAAUUACGGGUAAAAUAUUUGAGACCUGGACGCGAAAUAAUUAACAAAAUAUUAUUUGAGGUGCCGACACGUUUGAAAAUCUUUUUUUUAGUCGGUUGGUCGGGUUUAUGCUUAAACAAACAUUGGCACACAGGAUUCAAGACAUUAGCGUGUUGUUUUUUUGUUAAUUUCAUAAUAUAAUUGUCUUUGAUUAUUGAUUUUCCGGUUCAAAUUUGGACUUGGAUUUUAGACCCGGGAUUCUUCCCGGUGGCGUCCCGACAGGAAAUCUGUGAAAUUCCAAUGUCAAAUUUCACAUUCCGAAAAUCCGAACAUUAGAUUUUUACAACGCCGGUUUCCGCGUUUCCUAUCGGGAAAACGUGUUUCUUUUCCUUUCUAAUACGUCAUAAUACACAAUAUCUCUGUAAAAUACGUCAAAAUCAUGUUUUCGAUAGGUACCGUAUUUUUUCUCGAUUUUUUUUAAAUUUAUUUUCGGAUAACUGUACAAAAUAUGUCUUAUGCGUUUGGCGUAUUAUCGAAAACACUUUCAGUUGUACACACAUAGUGAACAUCCCUGUUAGAUAUCGCAGUCGUCGUCAGUUUUACGAAAAGUGAGUCAUUUUUUUCGGAUUACUCGAAUGUCCCAAGUGCCGGAAAACCCGAAGUUCUACGGCCCGAACGAUUUUAUUAUUGCGUUUUGACGGCACUGAAUACAACUGCAAUUUUCACUAUCCAUUUUAAACAAUUGGAAUAAUUUGGAAAAAAAAAAUGUAAUUCGGUGAAUUUUAUCUGAUAACAAUGUUUAACAAUGAAUACUCGCAGAGACCGAUUGGUUGUCUGGGAUCACGUCGACGAAAAACCACCCGUUUGUUUUACUUGUUUUUGAAUAAAAAAUGUGUGGACCUAAGUUCGUCGAAUAAAAAAGAGACAGUGAAUGUAUUAUUUUACGGUAGCGACGUCAACCAUGGUCAGUUUGGUACGUUUUUUUUUUUUUUAACUUUUAUUAUAAUGCAAUUUUAUCUGCUGGCGCGAUUAAUGGCCGGAAAAUACAACUCCCUAUGUAUAUAACAUAAUACUUAUAAUAACUCUGUAAUUAUGACGAUAUUGCAGAAAACACUAUGUACAAUUAAACGGUUAACGCGUUUUUCAAAUUUUAUUUUAUAUAAGUAAUUUUUUUCGUAGAGCGAUUUUUUGUUAUUUCAUCGCCGUUUUUUCCCCCAUUCUAUCAUAUUAUCCUUUUUGUAAAAUAACAAUUAUAAUUUCAAAUGUCUAUAUUAUAAAUAGUUCAAAAUUCCCAGAAUGUUUUGAAAUGUUAUCGCGUAACCAAUUUAUGCAUAAAGCGCUAAAACUAGCUAAAAAAAGUAUUCGGUUAAUACUGCAAGUCUUUACGAUUAUUUUUAACUGAAUUCCGAAAAAAAUUAACGAAAACGAAAAUUACGGAAACCGUUAUUACGUAUUUUUUCCCGGUUAUCCUCCAUUAUUAAUGAAUGGUUACAAAUAAAAAACGAAAAUCGACCUCCCCAAUACACCAAAUUAGACGAAAAUCGUCGCUAGAAACCUGUAGCUGUUGAUGACCGGAGCAACAUGUCCGAUAGAAAAGUUGUUCAGGCUGUUGUAGGAGGGAAGUUCAAAGGGAGAAUAUGUAUACAUGUAUAGUGUAAUCUAACCAUUUCGACCAUCGCUAUUGAAAAACGAUUCUGAGCACAGUAUUAUUCGUAUUUUUUUCCCUCAUUGCCUCGUUACCCGGAAAUCGACACAAAUUAUACAAUAAACUGUCAGUUUUUCCCGAUUGUUUAGAAAAAUCAAAAAAUUACAUUAAUAGUGCUAUAAGUGUAAGUUUUCGCGUAGGAUUUUCGGUUCGAAAAGGAUGUCCGGUAUAAAAGUGGCCUGCGGACACGGAAACAAAAGAAUCCUAGUAAAACCCACGCGUCUCGCUCAGAAUCUAAAAACGCGCGUCGUACUUUGACUGAAAAUGUAUUUGCUUACAUACGUGGACGGUUUAUAAUAUUAUAACACGGUGUAUUUCAACGUACGGGUAGGUACGGCUGCGCGCGCCUGGUGUUUCGCCAAUUAUUCUCGUUUUAUAUCAAUUUUACGACGUUCUAUAAAUUAAUGUCGUAAUUGUUUUUUUCGUAAACAAUUUUUGGCAAUCAUUAAUAUACGAUAAUAAUUAUUCCGCAGCUGCAACAACUCCGUUUUUACCAGUCGAUAAUACGCACGUUUUGUACACUGUCUUACUACACACUCGCCCGCAGCAGACAUACCAGCGGUUUUCGGUUUUUUUUUUUUUUUUUUUUCUUCAUGCGUCUGUAAUAAUGUAUCGACAAUUUGUAUACACAUUUUACAAGACCGUAAAUGAAUUUAAAAAUAAAGAGGCUCUGUUCGAAAACUCGUACGUACGUCCGAAAAAAACAUUUCUAUACGCACGGAGUACAUUAUCCGAUAUCGUAUUAUUAAAUAUUAUGUUACCGAGUUAUUGUUGCCGCAUACGAAAUAAUAAUAACCGAUACAUAAUAUCAUUGUUGUUAUCAAUGUUAUUAUAAUAUUAUUGUACGGAAACAAGGGUCGGGUGGAAACAUAAACCAAUAUAUUCGUUAUCGGAGGUUUUUUCAUUUUCUUUCUUUUUUUUUUUUUUUUUUUUCAAAACAAACAUUUGAACCGAUACCGUAUAAAACGAAAUUAAAAUAAUAAUAUCGCAUCACGAGACGCAUGCGCGUUAUUUGUUUAUGUCGAAGAGGUUGAUGGCCACGUUACCGUGGUCUUUUGUCAUCGCGUAUCUCAUAUUAUUCAUGCUAUUAUCGGUUAGUGUAAUUGACAUCGUUAUAACCACCAACUUGAUAACCGAGUAUCGGUACAAAUGCAUAAUGAUUUUUAAUCAACGUCGAUAAUAUUGUGUGAUACCGGUUUCAUUGAUUUAUAAUGUGGACUACGCAGGGUUUCGUAUCUGGUAGCGUUAUGUAUGUCGGACUCUGGUCGGUGAAUAGUUGUGGAAACGAUUAUUUUUUCGCUGCUUGUUGCCCGCUCCGUUCACGACUGUUAAUAAUAAUAUGUAAUGUUCGAAACCCGCCGGUUGUCCGACGACGAAAAACGGCCGGAAGAAAAAAAUAAUAAUGAGGAACCGCGCGUGUGUUGUUGUCGCGCGUAAUAUACGUACACGGUUAUACAACGCGAAUAUUAAUAUCGUCCACGCCUAUAACAAAAUAUUAUAUCGUAACACAGUCGUGUGAUGAAUGAAAUCAGGCGCGGAUCCGGAGCAAAGAUCCGAGGAAGGAGGGGUAGGGCAACGGUUUUUUUUACCGCACAAAUUACAAUUGACAAUGUAUAAUACGUAAUAUAUGUUAUAACAUACGUAUUAUCUGUGAUUGGCAUACAGUAAUAUCAGGAUCUAUAGAGUUAUAAAAAAAAAAAAAAAAAAAACCCGCCCCGGCGCCAAUGGGGUUGGGGGGGGGGGAGCGGGGCCGGGCCCCUAUGCCCCCCUCCCCCGAAUCAGUCCCUUGACGAAAACGCGCGUUUACGCCGUCCACCCGAUUGUGAUUUUGUUUUUUGUUCUUUUCGGGAGCUCCCGCCCGCUCUCGGGGUAACGGUCGGCCGCGGACGGCGGACGGCAUUGCCCGCGCGAUAGCUAAACGAUUUUACAGUUAUCGUCGUCGACGGCGAUUUUCGAACACGCGCACCGCGUUACAGGUACGUACAAGUCGGCGACAUGAGUCAUCUUAUCGGUCGAACGUGAGUCGCGUCCGAGGGGGGGGGGUUGUGAGGGGGGACAAUAACGUACGUCGUGUAAUUCAUAACAAUAUUGUGCAUUAGCGAUUCAGCGCGUGGACUUGCGGAUUACGAAAAUAUCGUGAACGCAAUGUUAUCGUCCCGGAAAGGAGAUGGACGCGACGACCGAUUCGAGUGUAACCGCCGCGUAUGCCUACAGCACGACGGACCGUCGACUCCUAUUAUCAUAAUUUUUUUUUUUUUUUUUUUUAUUGUACGCACGGACAGGUGUGUCGUCCGUCUCGGCGGCAUUCGAUAAGCGUCGGAUCGGUGAGGGAGGGGUGGGAGAGGGGCAGGAGAGGAGAGGGUUGAUUGUACGACUGCGAUUCGUAAACGGGUAUUUGUUGACGCCGCCGCCGCCACCGGCGUAAAAAUGUGCGCCGCGUCCUUUUUGGUUUCCGCGAUGUCUUAUCGGGUUUUUUUUUUUUUUUAUACUGAUAACGCGAUAAACUUUUAAUAAUAAUAAUAAUAAACUUAUUAUUUUAUUAUUUUUUUUAUCGGUUCGCAUCUCGGAAAUCGCAAUGUCGUUCGCGCCGCAAGGUAAACAACAACAAUAAUAACAAUAAUAAACAAUAAUAACAUAACGCGGUGGAAACAAAUAAUUAGUCUGACGAUGCAUGCGUGCGCGAAAUUUACGCCCCUGCGUGAAAUCCUUAACUGCUUCGGAAAUUAUUUUUUUCAAAUAUAACUAUGACUACCCGUUUUUCAAUUUUUACUAUUUAUUUAUAAUAUAUUUUAUUCGUUUUACUGAUUAACGAGGAAUAUUAUAGUUUUUGAAAUCAAAUAACUAAAAAACAGUCAACAAAAAUAUCGAAAAUCGUUUUCGUCUAGGUAGGUAUGUAAAACCAAAACGAUACAAUUCAUUUUUACUACAGUAGACGUUUGGUUUUUUACGUGACAUAAUAUCAAAAAACGAACCUUAUCGAUUUUAUAAAUCUUCAGUCUUAUUUUUGGCACUACAUAUUAUAUAUCGGUUCGUUCGACGUUGACGUACUGUCGAAAACUCUUCCGUAGGUACACAGUGGCGUAUUUAAAGAAAUAUGUUAGGGAUAUCUCUCCCUUUAACAUUUGUUUUUAGUAUCUAUUAUUUAUAUGACUAAGUAUCUAUUUUUUAAAUUCAAAUUUCUUUAUUUUUCAGUUGAAAACGCGUCGGCAUUGACCUGAACGCCGGUAAUGAAAUAGUUUUAAAUGAAUUAUGUCGCCAUUUUGGUCUAAUUAUGGAAAUUUUUAUCGGCGAAAUUGUCCACGGCCAUUGUAACCGACCACCCGUAUUUACCUACCCGCAUUGCGGCCUGAUAUGGUCUGUAAAUACGCCACCGGAAUAACGUUUGUCUCUAUCGCUCUUUUUAUCUCUGUCUCUAUAUCUAGCUCUUUUUAUCUCAGUUUCUCUCUGUAUCUAUUUCUCUCCGCGUAAUAUUAUCGUAAAUUUAGUAUUUGCCCCUCCCCCCUCGCCCCCGUGUGAGUGAUGGUUGCGGAGCAAGGUCGGUACAAUGCGUUCCGUCCGGCAUUUCGUCAAAAGCCACCCGUCGAGCGAUCUCAAUAAUUAACGUCGUCGGUUCCAUUGUGCCGCGCGUUUAUAUUCCAAUUUGUUUUUUUCUUUCGUUUUCAAUACGCGCACGCCACAGCCGAUAAUAUGCAAACGCUUUAAAAAAAAAAUGAUUAUAUUAUUCUUUUUAAUACCCGUAUUUUCUCGUACGCCGAUCGCCGCCGACCGCGUUAUAAUACAAUACUAUUAUUGCCGUUGAUUUAUACCUGUAUAUUCUUUUUUUUUUUUUUUUUGUUUCGAUUUUGCCACCCGGCAUUUAAAACUUUUACCGGCGGCGCUAUAAUCAUAAUAUUACGAUGCCUAUCUUCUAUCUUUCUACAUAUAUUUAUAUAAUAAUAGCUAGGUAUAUAUUAUAAUAUACGAAUGGCAUCGCGCUCUGGAAUGCGAUUGUUUUUUUUUUUUGCUGUUUUUUUUUUUUGUUGUUCUCCUUUCGUAUUGAAUCUUCUUUUGUAUACCCGUGCGUAAUAAUAUACGCGCGAUCAAAACAACCGAAAUACAAUAUUAUUUACCUCCGAGUAGAUCAUCGGGUACGGGAUAUAGGAGAGAAAAAAAAAGUCGCUUCCUAUGCUAUAAUAUAUACCCUACGACGACGACUAUGGAUUUCCGGUUACAAAAUAUAUCCUUGGUCCCGGGAAAGAAGAGCUUAGGCCAGCGGUUUCCAAAGUGUGUUCGGGUCGCAGCGUCAACACGUGGACCGUUUUCUAGUCUAAAAAUAAAAUUGAAAUCCAAAUGACACGGCAACAGAAACAGCGACGUUAAUAAUAUACGAUUACGGUCUUUUUUUGAUUUUUUUCCCAGGAGAAAAACUUUCUCUAUUUAAAAUUGCUUCAAACUAAUGAUGUUUUUUCUAAAAAUAAGGAUUUCGUACUUCAAAUGAUUUUCCCCCGGCGAUAUUUGGAAAAAGACUUUCUAGAUUUCCAGAAGAUUUUUCUAUAAACUUUUAAAAUAUAAAAAAAAAAAACUUAUAACAAUAUUGUCGAUCGGUUUUAUAAUGUGUGUUGAUUUCUGGGAUUUCUCGGCUGUAAAAUGAGAAAAACACGAUUAAUACUACUCCGUUCAGAAUCGUUUUUCGGUUUAAAUGAUUUGUAAAGACGCCCUCAGAAAAUCGUUUUGUUACAGAAAGGGCUAUGCGAAUCGAAAAAGUUUAGGAGGCACUGGCUUAAGUAAAUUUUGUACGGUUCACAAGCAAAUACGAGCAAAUUAAAUGUCGAAAAUAGCUAAAUGGCUAAAUGACCUAACCUAAAUAUGUCGUCCUGUAUAAACGACUCAAGUGACAUAAUUAUAUUGACUUAUGCCAUUUUUGUCAAACAAAAAGUAUAGGGUCUUAAUCUAUUUAAAUGUUCAACGUAAAUUAUUAUGUUAUAGAAUAUAUGGUACAUAAUUUAAUAGAUUUAUGUCAUUAUUAGACCACAAACAAAAAGGAGGAAAAUAACAAAACACGAUUAAAAAAUAAUUAUAAUAAAAAAAUUAACGCCAUUAAUGUACUUGUACACUUCUUCUCGGGAACUAAAGAUACGCUCGUUUUUAAAUAAUAUUUUAUACUCCAUUUCCCUUGAGUUCGUUUAUCGUCGUCAAAUCACAUCGUGCGUGCGUGCGUUUAUUACAGUGUACUCAGAAAACAAUCGUUUUUCGAUUCGAUAUUGUGUUAUGUAUCUUUUUAAAUUCGAGUAUCGCCUGUGCACAAAAAACACGCGUCCGAUUAUGAUUAUUGUUUUAUGUUUCAAUCUCGAAUACGUGAUCAUACGAAAACAUGCACCGGCUGUAGAUGUGUCCAAAAAAAGUUUUUGGUUAUUAUAUCGUAGUACUGAAUUCACGAGUGGUAUAUAAUGUAGUUACACUACGAAAAAUCUUUAAAAAACUUUGUUUUACUUACACUUUUAUUUUUCUUUUAUUUUAUUCAUCUGAUUUUUGUAAAAAGGACCACGCGGUAAUUUUACAGAGUAGAGGAUACUCAACGGAAAAAAACUUUUCGGUAUGACGUUUUGAAAACCGAAAAAAAAUUCCGAAUAAACGAAGUGACUUUUUAAAUGCGCGCGUAUACAAAUAUUGCGCAAGUAAAUUUAAACUCUGCAUAGCUCAUCGAGACGAUAGCAGUCCGAGUUUUAAAACCAUAAUAAUAAUAAUAAUUUUUGUUUCAAAGCAAAUAUUGAAUCUAUCGGGGUUGUUUUUUUUUUUUUUUAUUGUCCUUAUAAAUACUUGCUAGUCUGUAUAAAUAAAAAAAAAAAAGCUCUGUGACGACAGUGUAUAAUUUAUGCGAAAAAAAUUAAACCAUUAAACGCGGAUUGUUUAGUUUAUUCGAGAAUAGAGUAAAAUUCGACGAGUCGGGUGAAAAAAAUAACGGCCGUCGAAUGUUACUAUUGUUUUGUAUAAAAUUAACAAACUGAAUAAACUACGAUUUUUCAAAAACGCAUUCGUAAAAAAUGCGUUCUCGGGAAAACGCUGUUUCGUGCUGUUUAUAAGCGAAAAUAGUUUUAUGGUAUAAACCUCGAAACGUAACCGAGUGGACGGCGAGAAAUGUCGCGCUUUUAGUUUUGAUAAUUUUCUUUAUAAAACGCAAUUUUUUUCGUUUCUAGUUAAUAUUAUACGUGUUUUAUAACUUAUCAGCGCGCACAUUAUGCUCUGUGCUUAGCACAGAUAUAGCAAUAUAUGAUACGCAUUAUGGACGCAUACUAGUCGCCUUCCGAGGUCAGAAAGGUCGAUAAUUUGAAUACGAAUUGCCUCCCGGCGUACCCUAAACUUGAUCGUAAACGAAAACGGUCUAAGUACUAGUCGCCUCCAUGCAAUAUACAUGUAAUGAAUGUAUAAACGAUUCAAAAAUGUUCUAACAGCGUGCAUAAUUAUGCAGAUUUGUUUAAAUCUUUUUUUUUUUUAUUAUGAAGUAAUUAUAUUAUGUUGAUCGUUACUUAUUAAUAAUAACCUAUUAGCCAGCAUUGGAUUUUGGUUUUAAAAUUAAUUCACACCGAGACUGUAAUUAUUUUAAUACAAAGUUCAAGUAAAACACACGCACGGUUAUAAAUUCAAAACAAAUUCGAUUACAUUAAUACUCAAAUGAAAAAAGUCGAAUGAAAAUAAAAUAAAAAAAUGUAAAGUAGGUGUAUACAUAGAAAUAUCGGCUAGUAUAUGUUAACCUAAGCGGCAGCGUUGUUAAACAAAUAAUUUUAAUGAUAAUAUAUUUUCAUUCAAAACGCAUUACCAUAUCGUGUUUUUUUUUAUCGACCAAUUGUAUAUUAUUACUUUUAAUAAAAUCAUACAAAUAUUAUUAUUCGAUUAUGUUUGGUUUACAAACCACUGCUAUAUUCCAUACGCGAGGCGAUUUUAGCAGCGGUGCACAUUUUCGGGAGGCGACUCCCGUGUAGUUGUGAACUACCCAAUCGUCGGUGGCUGUUUAUAAUACAGUAACAUUUUUUUUUUUAUUCACGAUAAGGACGGCAGGCGACUCGUGUGCACCGCGCACAUUAUUGUACGCCUAUACGUACAGCAAGACGGUUGACCUUUAUUAUGUUGUGCAUUUCGCAGUAACGCAAUAAUAACGUACCGGCAUCAUUUACAGUCGUCUAAAUGUAGUUUUAUUGUCGCCUCUAAAUAUCGUGUUGGGAGAAAAAAUAAAAAUACCGACUUGACGGUGGGCCCCUUUCGAUCGACCGAACACCGACCUCCCGGGGCGCGCGUAUUCUUCUAGAACCGCACCACCUAACCGACAGACUGCGGGUCACAUCUUCGCCGCAGCGCGUACGUCGCGCGGUAUUAUAUUAUCAUGGUGGCCGCGUACGGUAAUAUUAUUGCGCCUCGGAACGUUAUUAUUAUUUGUACAGGUAUAUUUUUCUUCUUCUGUGCGCGUCGCGUUUAUUGAAUGUUCGCGGCGGCCGCGCUCGGUGGUCGGAAUCGAAUCGAUUCGAAAAAAAAAAAAAAAAACUCGUUUGUCUUUAUACGAGCGCGUACGCGAUUUUUUUUUCCUUCCUUCCUUCCUUCCUUCCUAUAUAAUAACAACCGCGCGAUUUGGAUCAAUCCGUGUUACGCAGUAGGCAGGCACCCAGGGGCAUCGUACGUAUCUAGUUAUAAUAAUAAUAUUACGAACUGCAAAUAAAUUGGGUCAUAUUUUUUUUUUUUUUUCUUCUGAAUAAUAUCUGCAUUUUUAUUUUUUAGAAAUUGCGAACCAUACUUUCUAAAAUUUUUUUUUUUUUUUCGAAUCCAUUUUCGUUAGUGUAAGUAGUUUAUGGUAUUUCGCAACAUUCGUCCGCGUUCGAGAAACUCGAUUAAUGCCGUUCAAUAAAGUAAUUAUUUUAUUUAUUGAAAUUUCGUGAUAAAUUAACAAUAACAGUUGUUCGCGUGCCUUCUUUUUAUUGUAUCGAUCGCGAACAAUAUUAUUGUACGGCGUUAAGUAACAAUAACAAUAAUGCGUUUUAUAUCAUUUAAAAAUGUAAUAAUACAAAAUCAAACGACCCCGCGUUCCCAGUCGAUAUUACUUCGAAUAAUCGUACUUACCACAGUGUUAAUAUAGGUUGUAAUUUACAAUAUUAUCGCAUCAUAUUGUACGGCAGUUUUCGGCAACGAAGGCAGACAAUUAUAAUACGCUCUGUAUUAUAAUUCAAGACGUUUUUACCGGACGGCAUUGCACGCAUAAGGUAGUCGUUUUGAGUUUAAAUUUGCCCUUCCCCCCCCCUUCCCUUCCCGGUCAUAAUUAUCGGACACGCCGCUGCUAGGUGUCGAUUGAUUUUCACGGCCCACCAGCAGACGAACCCGUAUUUUUCUCUUUUUCAACCUUUAUAUCGGUUCGGUGAUCUCAAACGUUCCUCUGUCCGGUCAAUUCACUUACAGAAACGACGCGGCAGUUUCCCCUUGUUAUUUCUGCGACGCAGCCGACGUUUAUAAAUUGUUGUUCUCGCGCUGCGCCAUCAUCUCAAACCCUUACACAUUGCCGUUAGGUCAGAUGCCGGAAAUCGUCAACAGCCGCCGUCCUGUUCCAAACCGGAUAGGGGUAAACAAGCGCGGGGCCAAAACAUAGGUACUUGGUUAUAUAGUUUGUAUCGGUUACCCAACGCUAUAAAGUUAAAAUUGCCGAGUAUUCGUUGAUUAUAUAUACGCGAGCGAUGUGCGUGUAAAAAUGCCGGGGCGAUCGAAAAUAUAUAUAAAAAAAAAAAAAACCGUAUUUUCUCGAUAUAUUUCCAUUUUAAAUGAAUAACAAACCGCGACACAUCCGUCAACCGCCGGAAGCAGCGGCGCGAACAUGACGGGACCGGAGUAAUAACAAUGUGUUAAUAAUAAAAUUCCGAGUUUCUCAGAAAUUUGAGAUAUUUUCUUUUACGGAUUCCGCGUAAUAAGCAUAGUUUUCAUUGCGGUUUCAGAAGUUUACUUGUAAGUUUGAAUACGUGUACGUCGCGCACAGUGACUAUAUUCUUCUAUAAACCUAUCCGGAAAUACUUGUAUGUUUGAUGUAACCAUUCCACGGAAAAUGCAAUUCCGGUCGCGCCGUUGAUCGGGAGGCGAUAACAUUAUCUUUACUGGGUGCCGUUAGGACCUCCUUCUGUAUACUUCUUAUAAUAGUAUGUUGAAAUUUAUUUACGGUUUAUAUUGUUUCGAUUUUUACUUAUAAACUCGUUCGAAGAUUUCAGUUCGACGUACGCGAAUUAUGCACGUGUAACGAUAAUAUCGCGUACACGUAUAUAGUAUAUAAUAUAACCUUGAUAAAAAAUAAUAUACGGUGUAAUUAUUAAUAAAUCGUACGUAUGGUAUUUGAUUUUACAAACAUUUUCCAUGGGUUUUAUUUUCGCGAAAAUAGUAAAACAUAAUAAUUUUUUUUUUUUUUUUUAAUUUUAUUAUUGAACUUGAGCGUUCUCUCAAGGUUCGCGUGGAAAAACUCGACGGGAACAACGUGAUCGGAUUAUUAUUUCUGUGUAGGCGUGUAACGAAAUUUGUUAUACUAUUGACGUAUUUUAGGUACGAAAUAUUGUUCUAAACACGGAAUACGGAAUAACAUGUUUAUCGGAAUACAUCACGUUUUCGCGUCAUAUUUAUUAUCGUGUAUGAAAUCGACCGCGUAGGUUAUUUCUCGCAUAUAAUAUUAAACUGUUUUAUUCACAAUUUUGUCGUUUUAAAAGAGAAAACGUAUAUUCGCGCGUACGUAUAAUAUGAUGUAUAACGACCGUGCGUUUGCAAAUCGAUCCGGAAAUGAUGUGACAAUUUAUUGUUAUCGGGCGAGCACGCGCACGUUUAUAAUAUUAUACAGAGUGAUUAUUCUGUCGCCGAUAAUUUUCGAGUAUGAUUUCGAUCGUUUUACUGCCGAAAAUUGUACAAACCGCAAGAUUACGGAGUGAAAGGGAAAUAAAUUUCAUUAUACGCAUUCAGAUAAUUGACUUUGCUCCAUUACGGUCAACUGUACGAUAGAGGGAGGGUCUCCUAUGUUUUAUAAGAUGACGGAAGUCUGCUGCAGCAGCCAUCACACACUAAAGUUUAAGAGGACGAAUUAUUGUAUCGAGUGACCCGUGUAAAUAUUUGUUCUAUGCCGUGAACUAUGUGCACACGAUAACGUAUUACAUGCGAUUGAUUACAAAUAUGUUUCAUGUUAUCACGCGCGAACAACGUUAUUAUUAUUUCAUGUAGGUUAAUCAGGAAAAUUUGCCCUCUCGGUAUGCUUAAAUAUUAUGGCUGCAAGCAUAUCGAUAAUACAGACCCGGAUGGAACAUCACUAUAUUAUAGUGAGGCCGUUAUAUUUUCGCGGUUACUGAACUGAUAACGAUUGAGGUCGUUUGUUUACAUAUUUGGUUUAUGUAUAUGAUGGUUGUACAGUGCCAACCGAGUGAGGCCGUAAUUUAUAUAUAUGUACGUAAUAAUAUUAUACGAAAACAUGUACAAUUUUUACUGAUAACCAUGUCCCAUCGAUGUUUUUAUUACACACGUUGCCAAUGGUUUCAGAUCUACUCGAAACUUAUACGUAUAUACAUAAAAAUUCUGAUCUCUAGUGGUUUUAUGUCUAUACAUUAUACCCAGUGGCGGGUUGACGGGAGGAUCAAGGGGCGGGCCCACUCCCACGCGCUCGAUGCAUCGGCGUAACGCGAGUGUCCGCGGUAUGCUUUGAAAUACGUGCGACUUUUCGGGAUUUUUCUCGGAAAAAUUUUGAUAAAUCCGCCACCGUACACGUAACAAAAAAAAAAAACCCAAUCACCGUCGAAUAACGCGCGUUGAUUUCGCUCGAAAUUUUCACCGACGGCCGGCAGUGAAAUAAUCACCCUGUACGCAUAUUAUUAAUUAUCGAUAUUGUCAUUACGUUAUUACGUUCUUACGAAACGGCCGCGCGGCGGAAGAGGGUUAGCGAACCGCUUACGGGUACGAAAUUAUGAAAAACUCUGCGAUAUUGCGUUACGAUGUUUUCUUGUCUCGAACGCGCGACGACGACAACGGCGGCAUUGUUGUCGCCACGCACACACACGCGCGCCGUCAGGUUCCUAUUUUUUUAUUUUUUUUUUUAUUAUUAUUAUUAUUAUUAUAAUAAUAUGUAAUAGCAAAUGUCCGUGUAUGAUAAUAGUAAUAAUAAUCAUAAUAAUAGCGCCGAAACAAUCAAUAUAAUAAUAAUAAUAACAAUAAUAAUAAUAUUGUUGUGUGCACCGUGUGCCGGUGACAGUGAAAGUGAAUCUUGAGAAAGACCGAGCGCGCGGCUUUUUUGUACGGGUUACAGGCGGGCGGGCGGGUAGAGAGGCACGCGAACGGUUUUUUUUUUUAGCGCAGUUUUCAUAUUUUCCGCGACGUUAUAUAAUAAUUUUCGAUUACACACACUUAUUUUACAAUGCAACAGUUUAUGUAUGCCGACGAAUUCGUUAUUAUUAUUUUCAUAUUUUUUUUCGGCCUCGAGUCGUGUACACCACAGCCGCAGUUACCGCCUAGGUGGAAAAAUUACGAGAUUAUUCGCGUGCCCGGGUCACGGUGUUUUCGCCCGAUAAACGAUUAUCUCGUUUUGUUUUUUUUAUUUUUUUACGUUUUGCCGAGUAAAACAUUUUUCGGGGGAUUUUUUUUUUUUCUUGUCGUUCUAACAUUUUGCAAUAACAAUAAUAAUAUAGCAAUACUAAUAUAACAAUGUUGUGUACCAUACCCGCUAUAUAAUAAUUAUCGACUGUAAUAAUUUGAAUAUUACUACGAUGCGAUAAAAUACGUAAUUUAAUGUGACGGUAUAUCGAAAUAAUAUUCGAAAUCGAUUACAAAUCGUUUCUAUUUCGCGUGCGUAUCGUAACCACUGAUGUAUUUGGAUUUUUGACCGCUUCGGGCCGUUGUUCCUUUAUCCGCAUUUCAACAAUUUUUUUUUACUGUAGUACAUUGGAAUGUGGUGCUGCGCACUUUACAUUUCGUGCUCUUAAACGCAAUUUUUUAGGUCCCGCAGGUGUCCCGGGAAAAUGCGCCGCUUGUUACACCCCCCCCCCCCUUCCCAAUCGCCCCUUUAAAAACGUCUCUGAUCCUAAUCCACGGAGUAAAUAAAUAUUUUACGGGUUUCAUUAUUUGACGAAUAAUUGGCUGUUGGCUUUGUAUACUUCUUCUUGUAGGGGAAUCUGUCGUGCAACCGUUUAUCUAGUGUUGUUUUAUUGGUUCAGACUCGUGAAACAUUUAGACCGGAAAAGUAUUGAGAGUCGAUUUCCUAAACGCGUAUUAUAAAGUUAUUGAUAUCGAAUUUACUCUACAUUUUCCAGAGAUAAAACAAUACUUCUUCAAUAGGAUUCUUCACGGGGACUUUUAGAAUAUCCUAACAAAGUACAAUCCUCUCUUUUAUACUACUAAUAAUAUUAAUAAUAGUAUGUCAACACACAAUCCAGGGAACGAGGCUCUUAAAAAAAAAAAAAAAAAAUGACUCGUCACUUUCGGAAGUGGCAAUUAACUAUAUUAUAAUUUGUAUAUAGUUACCUAUAUACUAGCGAUAAAUUCCUUUGUUCGCGCUUAAAUUUUAUAUAAACGACGGAGAUUAACAUCUGUGCGACUAUAAUAAUAUUAUACUGUCGAGUUUCUGUUUAGGAGAUACCCGGAUAGACUAUACGACGACGACCUUGUCCGACGACGACGACGACGAUACGACGAACCGACAAAAACAAAUAAAAAAAAAAAAUCAAAGUCUUUUAUCGGCUCCUCCAAACACCAUCAUCGCCGGGAUAAGUGAAAUCAAUGGGUUAGCCUAAAUAAAGUACCGCGGGAGAAAGUCAAUAUAAUAUAAUAUAAUUAUUGUACGGAAGUUGCGUUGUAAUACCUAACUAAUAAGUAACACGUCGCCGCCGCCGCCGUCGUCGUCGUAGUCGUCGAUGACCAAAUAUUCUAUAACAAUUAUUGUUUUAUGAAAAUAAUGAUUUUUUUUCUCGGGAUUUAUUAUCCGUACGUGCGUGAGCAAUACAACUACAAUAUCUGUAGGCGAAACGCAACACGUUGUGCAAAUUAUGCAAUUUUCCGCGAAUUGUGUAAUCGUAUUACACUUAUCGUUUUAAAGUCAGGCGCAUACAUAUAGGCAAGCCGGUAUUUAAAGAAGAUUUUUUUUUGAUGCUUUCUUGAAACGGUCUCCGGAUCGUCUGGGAUUCAAAUGUCCGAUCCACUAUCUAUAUUAUAUUAUGCCGAUGACGCCGUUCUCUUGGGAUUCGUGACGCGGGCGGAUAUUACAGGGACUUGGGAGAGGCUUGAGCACCACCAACCAGAAUGUUUUAAAGCCGCGGAAAGUUUUGUUCCUUUCGCAAAAUUCAUUUUUAAUUAAUUAGUCUAACAGUGAUCCGUAAGAAUUUAUUUUUAUCAAUAUAUUUUCACAAAACGUACGUUUUAUUUUUAAUCGCCUAUCAACAGCGAUAAGAAAUAAAGAUAGCUUUGUUACUGGUUUUACAAAUUAAACAUAACACAUAACAUUGCAUUUAUUAUACACAAUUUAGUGGCACAGCUAGACAACAAUUAAACAGUAGGUGAAGUGUAAAAUAAUAUUGUUAAUGGGCAACGUAAAAAUGCAGGUGAAAAUUCCAAGCCCCAUCAAAUAUCCGCCUAUGAUUUGUGAUGCGCUUUUAUAGUUCAUCACGCGGUCCCGAAAAACACAUCAGUGUACAACAAUCGAUUAUCGAUAGUUCGCAACUAUCACGUCGGGGCAUUUUUUGAGGAAGUUUUCUGCGUCCAAAUGGAUACAGAUUAUAAAGUCUAUUGGACGUCCCAUUGAAGAAGAUUUUGCUAACUGUGUCCACGGGAAAAUUAAUGGUAAUAAUGGUUGAAUUAGUGGAUUUCGUAAUGGGAUAGUUUAUUUUAUAGAGGAAAUAUUCUCAACGCCGGGGGGGGGGGCAGUUGGGAUACGUCUAAAUUUCAAAGGGUUUGAUCAAUCUGCUCAAGGAAUUUUUUUUUUUUAUAGGGAGUGGGAACGGGCCGUACUCAGUGGGCAUUCGAUAAAAAUAUCCCGUCUGCACGUAACCCGAAGUAAACGCUCGCGAUAUGUUUAAAUUUCUUUUAGCGAUUAAUUUUUCGGCGUACUCUCAGUAACAAUUCGAAAUAAAAGAAAAAAAAUGGGAAAAAAAAAAUAAUGUGUUCCACGUGAGCAUUCUACCGUAUACGGGGUUAACCGAAAACCGCGCGGUGGUUAUUGGCCCGGCAAGUGUCAUUGCAGCGAGCGCGAAGAAACAUCGCACGCAUAGUUUCUACGUCUGUGAACGACCGCGAAAGAGAGUGUUUUGGAAAUCGUCGUCGUCGUUUUUUGAAUAUUAUCGCCGUAACAGAUCAGAUCAUCGUCUCGUCAUCAUCAUCAUCAUCAUCAUCAUCGUCGUCGUAUCGUGUCUGCAUCGUUAGGUUUGGAAAAGCAUAAUAAUAACAUAAUGUCGCGCGUACGAUGUCUACAUUAUAUAGUUGAAUGAACGACGAUGAUUUUUUUUAUUAUUUUUAUUUCAAACGAUUCACGAUACUCGAAUUAUAUUAUCGUCGGUUUUCGAUAUGACAAUUAAAAAAAAAAAAAAAAAAAAAAAUUACAAAUACAAAUGUCUAUAAUCGCACUAUACACGCGUGUAUUAAUUAUAAUAUAAUGAAUACGAAUCGACCUGACCUUAUUUUUUUAUUUUUUUUUUUUCGAACGACGACACAUCCGUAAACACCAGACGACGCCGGGCGCUUAACAAUAUUAAUACGUAUUACGUUGGUUUGAAUGUUUUAAACGGACAGGCGUGUACACAUAUCGAUGUUAUAUACAUCAUACCCUAUCAUUUCGAAAUUAAAGUACCUAGGUAUAGUUACACUCGGAUACUUUUUGUACGUGCACUCAAAUGUAAACAAUAUGUGUUUCGGAGAUAGUUUCGAGCGAACGAAACCGAUAGGUAAAGUUUUCCCGCCGGCACACGGUGUUUCGUGUACAAUACGGGUAUCGUAAAACGUCUUUUUUUUCAGAAGGUUCUAGACACCGGUCGGUACACUCGAGUAUCCGUUUCGCUGGAAAUUAAUUCGUAUUCGAAGUAUAUAAGUACGGUUCGAUAAACUUUUCGAGCGUUUCGUACACUCGCGUGCAGUGUAUUAUUUGAUUGGAUUGGUCGAUUUUUUCGGAAAUAAUUCGCCGAGUAAAAAAUCGGUCGGAUUCUCAAUAAGGGUUCCUACUGUGAAAUCGAAUUUAGUCGAGUAUAAUAUCUCGUAUACACUUUCCACCGUGCAGUAUAAAAUAAAUACACGCGUAGCGACCUUAAAACGUCCAUUAUUAUACGACCUCCCAGACGGGUGCAUCGGAUUUGUGCGCGCGAAUUUGCGGGAGAAUAAUUCAAUGAGAACCGCAGCAGCGACAACAGUACCCAGUGAAACGAUGCGAGUUCUCACAUUUAAAAAAAAAAAAAUAAAAACUGUUUAAAUCAUUCGUUUCCGACGACCACGUUCGUUCGCUCUGAAAACACUCUGCGCAGAGGAGAGAUCCAGUUUUAUUUCACUGGCGACCAACGCCUCUGUUAAAAAUCGCGCGUAAAUUAGUUAUGUUUUUUUUUUUGCAGGUGAGAGUACGCGCGAGUAAGAAAUUGUUUAACGAAAAUCUAUUGCCCGAAAAAGUAUAGCGGAACACACAUAGUAUUGUAUGAGAUUAAAAACGAAAUGUAUUUUUUGGCGAAUCGAAAUACCCGUGUAGGUACAUAAUUGUGAAAACCAGGGCUAAGAGAGGUUAGGCCGUCGUGUGACGAAAUCAAAUUCAAAUGUGAAAAAAUACACUAAAUCGGAAAUCUCGUUGAAAUAAAGUGACCCCGGGGUAAUACUGAAAAAAACGAUGUUUGGACAAAAUCGGAGAAGAUUCAUUCUUUUUGCACGCAUUUGCAAGAGACUAAUGGAAGGAAUAGCGUGCGGUACUGCGUGCGUCAAGCCUGAAUGGCCUAGAAAACCGAAAGAAGAAGAAGAGUACGCGCGGCCUUUUAAAAAUACGAAUACAAUACGCGGCCGGUCACUUUUUUUUACCAAGUCCGAAAAAUGAAGAGGGGGAAACUGCUGACCGCAAACGUUUGCGCGCAAAACGUAUUAAUAUUUUAAUGUGUGCGUAGGUACACCUAAUAAUAAUAAUAAUAAUACCGCAGUGCGUUUUCCCUCGUGAUAAAUCAUAUUUCGGCGGUUCGGAUCGGUUGUCACAUUAUACCCGAGUACAUUUUUUUCAUUAUUUAUUAGCGAUAUCCGCGAUGAAUUUCACGCGAUUCAACACGGUAUGCAUUAAUAUAUAUAUACACUGCCGUACGCAAUUCAAUCGAUAGCAAUAAUAAUAUAUGUUAAACGAUCUUAGCGAAUUGAAAUUAAUUGGAAAACGCGGCGCGGAUAUUAUCAUCGUCCGUUUGGUUAUUUGUCACGGUUGUACACGUCUAUCGCGGCAAUCCGGGCGAGUUUUUUAAAUUUUUUUUUUUCUUUAACUCUCGCGGCGUACAGCGAACAGUGGCCGGGCUAGGGGCUAGUGUCGGGGCAAAUAUUCCAAAUACACGAGGGGGCAGGGGGAGUUUUUGUACAGUAAACAGCACGGUUUCAGACACACCGAUUGUAUUUUAAACCGCGACGAAGAGACGAAGAGAUACACUGCCGGAAACAGAAAACUAGACGCCGCGGCCGUUAUCGUCGACUAUUAUUUUAGGUUUCGGGUAGAUAUUUGGAAAACGCGAACAAUUAUUAGCAGGCGAGUGUACAAGCAUUUUUCUGAUGCCCGUCCAUCGAUAUUAUAUUUUUGAUGAGACUUUAGGAUUUUAAAAGGCGAUGUUUUUUUUUUUUUUUACAAAGAAUCGUAAUAAGAAAAUUAGAAAAAAGGCGCUACACUCGCCUCAUCCCGACGAUCCCCUGUCGACAAACGGUAUAGAUGUGUGCAGUGAUAUAUAAUUAUACUCUGUGCGCGGAUGUCGAAAAAUAAAAUUGUAUCCGACUUUCGCGGACAAAUUUUGCCCCUCUCCCCCCACCCGACUGACGGUUACAAACGCUGCGAACGAGUUCGACAAGAGAGGUGUUUUGAUUUUGAAUUUCGGAAAAAAAAAAUCCAUGUCAUUAGCCGCGAUCGAGUGCAUAAGGUACUCUGUAAUUUAUCGCACUAGCGUCUCGCGUUAUAUCGUGCCGGUCAUUAUUGUCACGCCGAGAUUUUUAAACAUUUUUUUUUUUUUUCAAGUCACGCCACAUAAUAUUUUUUAUUUACCAGGCGAUAUUACGAGAAGCGUGUCUUUCGUGCGGGGCCGGGACAACGCGCGUAUUGUCAUCGGCUGUCUCGAGGGUUCGUCGGGCGUUUUCAAACCGCGGUCGAGUUGGGUUAUUACCAGAGAUAUUUUGCCAUAGAGAACACCGCACAAUGUCGUUAUAAUUUAAUUAUUAUUCACCGUCUCCCCGUCGUCCGUGGGCUUUUAUAUGAUCAUUUUUUUUUCCCUUCUAUUCUCGUCGUCGUUGUUGUCGCUCGUAAUAAGACGAGGUCUUUUUCUUCUGUGUAACGCGCAUUGGGUUCGUGUGUUUUUUUUUUUUUUUUUGUUUUGUACACUUUUCGAAGGACUCAUCUCGUGUUUGUUUUGUGCUCGUACACACACACACACACGCACGCGCGCGCGCUCGUAAAAUAUAAAUCAGGUCAAGUGGUCGUAGGCUGUGUAACCGAAAAACAUAAUACAUUUUAAUAGUAUACGGUUGUAUAGGUAUAUUAUAAUACAAAAUAUAUAUGAAUAUUGAAGAUCCGAAUUCUAGGUCAUUGUUCUUGUGGAGCGGAUUAACGCCGCCGUCCACCUUCCGUAACGCGAAAAUCAUUGAAACAGUUUAUAUACAUAAUAUGCUAUAGUAGUCAAGUAUAGAUAAUUUUUUAUGAAAUAUACAGGUGACGCGGAGUCGCGUGCGCGAGUUUCAUUUUUUAAACUACGAGAUUUAUCGAUUUAUUAUGUAUACGUCGUCGUCGGGCGGAGGACCGUCAAGCGUUUGUAUAACAGACGAUUUUAUCGUUUUCGUGCCUACUAUUUUAAAAAAUAAACGUCUUGUAACCGUCAAGUGCGCGCAACGAUAAAUAGAGUGGUUUUUUUUUUUUUUUUUGCCGUCGAUAAACAUCAAUUCUCAUUUCGCCGGGAUCAUCGUCGGGCGGGGGACCGUAUUUUCUUCUGAAAAUUAAACUCUUACCCAGAUAAAUAUUUUCAAUAUUAUUGGUUAACAUACAUAUUAUAUAAUGUAAAGUCAAACAUUUACUUGUUACCCAUAGGCAUAGGCAUACAAGUGCGCGCAACGAUAAAUAGAGUGGUUUUUUUUUUUUUUUUUUUUUUUGGGGCGGUCUACUUAACAUUUUAUAUUAUCGAUUACGCAUACUUAGUAUUUACUUGAUUUGCGGGGACACGACUGAGUUUUAGGGGGUCUAAUCCCCAAAGCUCCCUCCGAAGCUGCGCCUAUGUUAAUACCUAUAUAUACAACUAUAGCUCAUGUAAUUUGUCUUAUUUUGGUAACGUGAAGUAGAAAUCGAUGAUAAAAAACUCAAAUUAAUAUCUACGCGGACACGAAAUCCGUAUACACGUUUAAAUAAAACAUGUGUACUCGCGUUUUAAUUUUAUUCCCUUAUUCAGGGAUAUUUGUUUAGGUGAUAACGUACUAUGAAUAUAUUAAAUUUAUUGAGAAUUUGAAUUUAUUUAGUAGUUAAAUUAUAAUUUGUAACGAUACUCGUAUUAUAAACACCAAAAAAUGAUUAAAACGCUAAAAUAAUUACAGGCGCACGCGGUCUUAUAGAUUCGAAUGUUAGUUUUACGCGAAUAAUCCGCGUGAAAUAGGGAGCUUACGGGAUAACGGUAGGUAUAAUAUUUUUUUUUUUUUUUUUUUUUGGGAGGGAAAUGACGGCUUUUUGUCGUCCGGUCUAAGGCAUUCCCGCGUAAUCCAACGUGCCCGCACAUUAACGGCGUGACGCGUUCAUAAUGGUAGUCGACUUCGGACAUUCAUUACGCCUAAUAGAUUUAGUGUAAAUUUCGUUCGGAUGGAAAUAUUAUAAUGGGCGUUGUUAUUAUUAUUAUUAUAUAGUUCAUCACGGAUCACGGAUGAUUCAUUUUACGCAUACAGCUAAUGUUAUGAUAACGAACACAGGUGGUGGUCGUGGCGUCGCACGGUAUGAUGAUUCAUCGUGCGGCCGUUCAGAGUGCGGAUCAAGUAUGGGUACUCGGGGGGUUGUGAUUCAUUUAAUGUUGUGUGCAAGAGGUUGACGGCGAGGCGUGUCGUCGACUGGAAAAAAAAAAUAAAUAAAUAAAAUAAAUGUACGUAUAAAAACUCGUUUUCGGCUACCAGAAAUAAUUACCUACCGGGUACUUGUACUAUAUAGACCGCCGGGAUGAAUCAUCCUUCGGAUUAUUGUGUUCCAUAUAAUGUAAUGCGCGUCGGGUUAUGGGCCGCAAUCGUAUAUAAUACCGGGUGUACCAAUUAGUCCGUUUAGGUGAAAAAUACGGGGGAUCGAUCGGGACGCGCGCGUUUUAUAGGCUUGUUGUUAUUUCUUCCGAAAUAUACUUGCCCGGUAUCUGUUCGGAAUCCACGCAAUCGUCGUCCGACACUCACGACCGCAAGGCCGCGUCCGUCUCCGGUUUUCUGUCGUAGAGUUUUUCGAAUAUCACCGUGCAGUGUUUUUACGAACCGUCCGACUGCAUCCGUGUUACAAUAAUAGGUAAGUCCUAUUAUCUUUACGAAUUUUUUUUUUAUAUUGUAUCAUUUUUUGCGAGUGUCGUUUGCGCGCGUGAUGGAAUAUCUCGUGAUCCGGGCUUUGGCCUACUGUAGGUUAACGUUGACAUUUUCCGAAUUCUACCGACGCGGUUUACGUCACGCGGUUUUUUAUAUAUGUAUAUAUAUAUAUAUAUAGAUAGAUACGUUUGACGCGUAAAGUAAUUAUAAAAAAAAAAAGAAAAAAGAUUAAUCGAGAAUUAUUACAUAUAACUAUAAUAUAUGAUCGCCGGCGUUACAAAAUAUGUAUCGUAUUAUAUUUGUUUUCCGACGAAUUUAUUAUCCGUUUACGGUUUUUUCCCCGAUAAUUUUUCCACAUCAACAUCAUAAUAUAUUAAUUGAAAAAUAUUUAUGCGCGUCGAAAUGAACUCGUGUGUGUGUGUGUGUGUGUGUAUGUUUUUUUUUUUGUUUUUUUAACGGAAAUUCUACGCAGUUAUGAAACAUUAGUCAAUAACAUACUGACAGCUGGUUUUAAAUAUAGUUUAGUUAUGUAAGCGACUGAUGAUAAUAAUUGCAUUUUCGAAUAGUAUACGAUCCGGUAUCCGUCACAGUGACAUUUACCCGGUAUCUGUAUUUCUAACUGGUAUUGUAAUAUUAUAGAGAAAAAAUGUGUGUACGUAUACAAACGAAACGAUUUUUUAAAAUCGGUUUUAAAGCGGUAAAAAUCCUAAUAUGUAUAAAACGAGUAAAUAACAACGUUCUGAAGAUAACCCCGUCGAUAUUGUCUAAAUAUUCAUUAUUAAUUCAAUAUUAAAUAUUAAUUAUGGAAGGUAAAAAAAAAAAAAAAUCGCAUUUUGAAAUACCGUUCAUUUCAACAAUAUUCAACGUUUCAAAAUACGCCGAAAACGUACAGUGUUGUACACCGCGAAACCUAUUGCUAAUUGUACAGUUUUGAUGUCUCUAUGUAGUAUAAUACAAUUUUUAAAGGCCUUUUUUGUUUGUACGCAACGCUUAUAGCGGUGUUUGCUGUACUGUCCGUUACAGAAAGUCAAAGACGGUAAAUGCCAAUCACUGUGACGGCGUCGCUUUUAAUAAUUCUAUAAACGGUCGGAUGUAAAACAUUAUAAUACGAGUCCGGUAUAAACUCAGUGUUGGAAAAUUGUUUUUGAAAAUGAAUUCUUUCUCGUUUCUAUUAGUAGUUUCCUAGUUUCCAAAGUCCAAGCUAAUCGUUUUAGAUUCCGAGUGGAGCGAGGAAUGUAUUGGUUUUACAAAGAUGAUUUUUCGUUUACCUGUGAAUAACUUUUUUACUAGCAAUUUCGCUCCGAUUUACAACGAUAGCGCUUUUUGUGAAAAGCAAUCUGACUGGCCAGUAGGUACUUUGUUAAUUUUACCAUGCGUGUAUAUUGUUGACAAAGCGACACUGUCGACCGAACUCCGUCCAGAACCGUUUUUAUUUUUUCUCUAGCUACGGCUAAAUCGUUGCGUGCGGUUUUAAAUCGCAUUCGAUUUCUCCUCUGUUGCCUUCCCAGCUUCUCUGCAACAGCGCCGGCCCGCCCGCGUGCGAAGCGUGUUGGCCGUUUUUUUAUGACGUUGUCACUUAGAAAUGCCGACAAACCGAUUCGAUCCGGACGCGACAGUAUCGAUUACGCGCACAACGUGACACGGCGGUGACGUAAUGAAUAAUCCCUGCCGGAUUCAAUGUGCGACCGUGACGCCGCGUACGGCCGGUUGAACAACCGAAAACGAGACGCUCGGACAAAACCGCGCGGGUUCGCGGGUUAUUCUUCGCGCGGAAAGCGAACAAUCGCCCGCUUUUUCCCUAACUUUUUCCCGUCCUCGUAGCCAGUCCCUCUCCCCGUACCCGCCCGUCCCCCCUUUCACCCCUCCCUCCCGGCGUCCGAACGCGAAUCUCGUUGGCACCGCGACGCGACGCGCGCACGGCGCAUACGAGUUUCGCGAGUGAACUCCGGGACGAAAACCGCCGGUCCCCGGGCGACGGUAACCUCGUCGCCGGCCGCCGCGCGCGCCCGUGCCGAUGACAACACGCACGGUACAAAACCGUAAAAACGCGCGUUUACGUAUCGCCGCCGUUAUUGCCCGUGUAUCCGGGAAAUUAUGUAACGAUUUUUUUUUUUUUUUUUGCGCUCGUGUACGAUUCGCGCGCGCGUCCAUAGAGAUUAUACAGAGCGCGCGUAUGUGCGCUAUUGUGUUUUAUCGUACGGCGUCAUUGAACGUGUCUCUACGCAAACUACAGGGCGCCUGUACGCGCGCAAUAUCGCAGCUCAAUGUUAUGCGCGUAACAUAUCGCGUUCGUUAUCGAAAAAACGCGCGUUACGUGUUUGUACAUGCGCAAUAAUAAUAAUAUUGUUGUUAUUAUUCAUUAUGUAUGCUUUGCGCGCGAAGGUAACUCUCCGCGUAGCAGUAAUACAGAAUGAUCCGCGGACGGAAAAACGCGAAAGAAAAAAAAAAAAGAGAGAAGAAAAAACCCGGUGUAGCCCGGGAAAAAAAAAAAACAAACGAUUUUAUAGCGUUACGCAACGAUUCGUAUCUCGCGCGGACCGGCGCGAUACCGAAUACGACACGCACUCACUUGAAGUCGCCCCCUUCCCCUCCACACACACAGACACACAUAUACACACACACACACGCACACGCACCUUGGCCGAUCGACUUUGAACCUUCACCGAUAUUUCAGGGACCUAUUCGGAACCCGGUUUUCAGAGUUUGAAACUUCACACUUUUCUCGCACAUUUACAUUCUCUAUUGCGCCAAAACACUCGUUGAGAUUCUCGACACUUUUCGGUAAACGUUUCGCCGCGUAGUAAUUUUCUCCCUCCCCCCCCGAUUCACCGACAGCAGUGCGAGACGAGUUUUUCACGUCGCUACCCGGCUACUACCACCGUUUACUCAAUAAGUUUAAUCAAGUAAUGUUUUGCAUAAUCCCGUGUUCCCCUUCGCGGGGCAGGCGCACGCGAUUAUUAACAACUUAUGCUAAGCGAAACUACAAACAUAUGCGCCGUAUAGUGCCCGUGCGCACCUCUUCCGGAAACGUCUCUCUGUUCGCGGACGGAAUUCUCCUUUGACGAAUUCACCGUUCCCGACCAACCGCAUUGUAUUAUUUCGAAUGUUUAGUGAAAAAUAAAAAAAAAACCGUUUAGAUACGAAAACGCGUUGUAAAAUCAACAACACAAUAUCCCCUAAUUCGCCUAAUCUAAACGCCGUCCGACCGCAACGCGUUAAAGGUUAUCGUUAGGUUAACGCGUUAUCCAUUUGAACCGUCUCAACUCAGUAAAAAACACACCGAAAUCGAUACCGAAAAUCGCCUAGAUUCCGAUAUGCGAUACUGUCUCGACCACAACAGUGUAGAUAUGUAUCGGGGUAUUGAACCGUCCCUGCUCCGACUUACAUUACUAUUACAACGGUAAUAAAGGCCGAAAAGUACAAAAGAAACGAUACGACCGGAUUCGCCGGCGUUAUUUUUUACUGUCGUUGACGCGCGCACCAGUAUCGGUUUCGUUGCUAAUUUCUCCGGUUCGUUUUACGCGUACUCGUAUGUAUUAUGCACAAAUGAACAAUUCUUUCGAUUUUUUUCCCGCUUUUCGCUCUCGAUAAAUACAUUUUUUCGGGGUGGUUUUAUGUAUUUUCAUCGAGACACAGAAACCGGAAUAAAAAACCCCCGCCGAACGUCCGGAUACGAUUACGACGCGUACAUUGUGUACUUCGUUCGGUUCCCGAGAACAGCAAUUCCAACGUGCGCGCACUGACGGACACCCCGAAAAAAAACGUGUUCCGAGAAAAUAAUGUCCGAGCCGUCGAAUGUCCAAAACACAAUUGGCAGGCACUCCUCCGACUGUAAAACAAAAAGGUUUCCCCCCUACCCUCCCCUCCGUAUUGCCGUUCGUAAGUUUGUGCGUAGUGCACGGCUGAACGCAAUGAUGUAUCGUGCGGUUAUUAUUUAUUUUUGCGGCGCGUGAUUUAAAAAUCGACCGGCGAUCGAACACUGCGGAACGUACCGCAGUACACCGUGUUUUAUUUUCGCGGCAUUACGACAGUCGCACGCCGUAACGGCCGUUGUCGCGAUCCCCGAGUCGACACUCUCUUGAGUCGCGUAUUUCGACACGAAUAUCCAAGUGCCGCGGUCGUGUUGAAAAUCGAGAUUUUCCGCUCGGCAGCACCGACUUACUUGUUGGUGUCCAAAAGUCGGCGGGUCCGAAAGCGGCUGUCUCAAAAACGAUUACGAAAAAUAACAUCUCGUAACAACCGAAAAAAAAAAAAAAAAAACGUAAAUUAUUUCAAUUAACAAUUCAAUGUCAGUUCGCGCGUCGGCCUGUACCGCGAACUAAGACACGCGAAGGACUGGACAGAGCUAAAAUGUUAUUUUUCACCGAAAUAUAAGAAAAUCGAAUUCAAAUUUAAUAAACAUUUGUAGUACUUAUCCCUGCAAUCAAUGUCGAAAUUUUUAAUUUUAAAAUUCCCGUUCGUAAAAAUAUUAAGUUAAUAACUUAAUAUCGUUAUCAUUGUUAUCAUUAUUUAUCUACCUAUACAACCCGAUUCUGAGAACUAUUGUCCAUCGACUCUCCGUGACUAAUAAUUUUGAUCUCAAAUGCAUAAAAGUUUAUUUUCUCGUCACUUUCUUAGUUCACCCACAUUCACCAAAAUUUAUUUAACAUACAAAUGUUAACAUAAAAUUUAAUUUAUCAUUAUGGUAACGGUCUCGGGAUUUUAGGUUUAAGCUUUGGGCAAUCCGAUCCGGUAAAUUUUAUUUUAUUUUAUUUUUUUUUUGUUAUCAGUUUUAAGAGGACUGCUAUGAGCUCGCCGUUGGUUUCGAUAUCGGAGUGAAUCGGCCCGUUUUCAAACUACAACGUACGAGAACAUUGUCCGCGUUUGUACACGUCGGUUUUUCUAUUGCAUUAUUUACUCGAUAUUUUAAUUUGCAAGCGCGAGACGCGACGGUUCGCAAUAUAUUUCGCGCGUCUCGCUUAAAAAUAAUUAAAAUGCCCGGGCGGGAAACGAAAACGCAACGCAUCACGUACACGGCGUUCUAUUACUCGCGCGGUUGACAUAAUGGGCGCCGAUUCGCUCUCCGAUAUUAAAAAACGAACGGCGCGCGAAAAAUCGGUUUUAUUGAAUAGCCGACGCGUUAUCCCGCGAUUAUUGUUAUUAUUAUUAUUAUUAUCAUUAAUAUUAUCGUGCCCGUAACGUAUCGACCGCGUGUGGAGGUUGAACACGCGCACAGAGGUCGCGACGGCGAACUUGCCCUUGACGGCGUCGGCGGGCGGGCGAAACCGACGCAAAAUAGAGGAACAUUAAUAUCGCGACGACGGCGUGUUAUAAAAGGAGACCGGACGGCGUCGCGCGUCCGCAACAGCCGCUGCAGCUGUCGCCGUCGCCGUCGUCGUUUCUAAACUCGUCGGACCGUUGUCGGGACGGGCCGCGUCGCCUCGCCGCGUCGGCGAACGUCCGUCUCGCUCUGGUUCGUCCGAAUGGUUCGCGCGGGUUUUUUUUCUCUCUCUCACACUCUCUCACACACUCUCUCUCUCUCUCUCUCUCUCACACCCGGGGUCUGGUCCGUCUCGCGCGUGAACGUAACAACAACGAUAUUAUUGUAACGGCGGCGGCGGCGGCGACGGGCGCUUUUCUCCGCGAUAAUCUAACAAUAACACUGUGUAAUACUCGUGCGUCAAACAUAUUACCGCGCCACACGGGCCGUGCGCCGUCCGGCCGCUACCCUGGUGGCAUCCGGUACGACGGCGAUAAUAUUACGCGCGCGCGCGCUGCACACAGAGGCGUGCGAAACGCCGCGGCGACGGCCGUCGCGUGUGAGGCGCGCGCGCACGACGGAACAGAAUAAUACCGGCAACCCAGACACAUAUUUUCACGUAUUCAGGCGCGUACGCGCACGUGCGAGCGUCCCGCGGAAGGUAACCCGCAUCGUGCGCACAGGCACGAUAAUGUUAAAACGUGGCGCGCGCGCCGACCCCGGGGGCCGCGGGAUCCGACGGCCGCGAGACCCGAUACAAUAACAACGUGUCCGCGGCGCGCGAUAAAACACAACGAAACCGCGUGUGCGACACGGGUCGCCGCGAUAAUAUCCCGCGCGAUGUAUUUUAUUGUGUUGUCGCGUAUUAUUCGCCGUUCUACAAUGCGAUACCGCCGCGGCCGCAGGUGCCCACGUAGGUAUGCGCGUUUCGGUGGGGGGGGGAAACGCGCGUGUCGUAACGGUUUUUCGGCGAAAAAACGCGCGUGUGCACAUUUGCACGACGGGCCGCGUUUUUCCCGCCCCGCACACGCGUUACAGUCGUCCCCGGCACCUGUCUGCUGCGACCCCCGCCGCCCGGCGGUGGCGGUGGCGGUUGCGGGGUCGGGUCCGAGUUCGGAUUUCGCGGUAUACCGCCGUGUUUGCGCGCGGUUCUCGCGCCGAGGACGAUACGCCGUGGUAUUCGUUUUUCCCUUCUCAUUCUCGUUCCGGAACGGCGAAACCGCUCGUGUCGCCUGCCGCGGUGACGGAUAUAAAUUGCGUAACGCGGACGCGGAUAAAAUUUGAAAAUUCAUCGGUCACGAAUCAUCGCCGAAACGGUUUCCGUAACAUGUUCCGGACAAGACAAUUGUAAAUUACAGCGGUACCACCGUACACGGCGCGGCCGGAAAUUUCGCACAGAAUAGAAACCGUCCAGAUUUUAAAACCCGUCUCGUGAAAGACCGACGUGGACAUUUGUAAUGGAAAACGUGCGUGUCGUUUGUUCCACGGAAUCUCCCGUCUUCCGUAUCUCUCUCUCUCUCUCUGUUUCUCUCUCUCUUUCUCUGUUUCUCUCUCUCUAGGGACAGUUCAACUCUUGGUGUUUUCACAAUAGUCGUUUUACCGUUGCUACUUUUCGGGGCCGACGCUGUAGUUUUCAAAAAUCCGCCCGAAACGAUUUCGGUUUUUUUUUUUUUGUUUUCGCGCCUCCGAAGAGGGCCGGCGGCGGCGGCGGCGGCACGCGCGAUCCGCACUCGUCGGCGUUUUAAACUCCGCCGCCCCGCGCGCGUUUUACGAGUGAAAUCGAAAACAAAAGCGAACAAUAAAAUAACAUUCUCAUGCGGACACCUGGGAGGUCUCUUCUUAUUUACGAGCGGAGGAAAUAAUAAUAAUAAUAAAAAAAAAAAAAAAAAAACAACCAAAUCGAUUUCUCAUAUACCGGCAGCGUGUGCCAAUUCACACGCGAGCUGCCGGGCAUCGUGUUUGACGAUACCGUAUAGCUGCUGGUACGCCGGUGUACACGCAAAGCGAGCGUCUCUCGGGUUAUCGGGGAACAUUUUAGCCCGUCUCGCGGUAGAUAAUUGUACGGGGGUGUGAUAAAAAAAAAAAAAAACACGUAUAUGCCGUGUACUUUAAUUGUCCGAGAUAACAGCGGACGUGUAGGGAUAGGCGUGUUUUCCAUACGAAUCGGGGCGGGAGUAGCGGUCGACCGGAGGCAUAUGAGUCCGUUUUAUCAGCAGAUUUCAAUAAUUAAUAAAAAAAAAAAAAAAAAAAAAAACCAUUCCUGACGGAACCACAGUCUAUAUUAAUGUACGCUUAGAUGAUUAUCGGCGCGCGGUUAGGAAUUGAAAACAGUACGCGCUUAUUAUUCUAUACAUUGAAAAAAAUGUGUAUUAUCGUCAGGGAGGAAAAAAAUGUGCAGCCCCGAAUCCUUAUUGUGUAUGAUGAACGCCGAUAACAGUGCGGAUGACGGCCCGGCCGAAACACAUUUAACAUGUACGACGGGAUAUCGAAAUCCCCGUGAAAAAUAUUGUUAUCAAACGACAAAUGUAAUAAAUACGAUUUCUUUUUUUUUUCUCUUUUUUUAAUCUUACUUUUAGUAUGAAAAUUUUCUCCUCUUUGCCGCAAUGAUUUCCCGUGGGAAAUGAUGAUGAUCGUGUGAGGUGUACUUCAGAAGCAAUACCGUAAUAUUAAAAACGGUAAUAUUCGUUGGAGUUUAUUUGGCAUUUUUUUGUUUUUUACUGUUUACUGGACCCUCUCGGCCAGAGUCGGCCGUUAACAUCUAUUACAUCACGUUAUGUUUAUGUGUCUUUUGGAUUUACAUCAAGUGCGUGUCGGUUAUCUCGAAUAUUUCAACUAUUUGAUAAGUAUGUUGGUGUUUCUUAUUAUUAUUAUUAUUAUACCCGGGCCGGUGCAGUCGUUUAAUUUUAAAAUAUCACGUUCCGAUAGUGACGCAAAGUCGCCGGUGUAGGUCAAGUUUGGAAAGGUGUGGAUAAAAAAAAAAAAAUAAAAAAAAUGAAACGCGUAUAUACACGCAUACGUAAUAUUAUAACAUAUCCAUAAGGUAGUUGGCCUAUAUCACGCACGAGGCGAACCGGCGCGGUGUGCCAAAAAUCGCUCGGAAUCUGCGCUAAAGAUUAGACAAAUUCGAGUGCCGAGCCUGUUUUCGUCCCGUUGUUUUGGCAUGCGGUCGUGUAAUACAGGAACGCUUUUAUCUCGUUUUUAGAAUGUUCGUAACCGAAUAAAACGGCGGUAAAGGUAUUCGGAGUUUAUGCAAUGACGUAUUUUAUUAUCCGAUUAUGUUAAAUUGUUUUUUGAAAUUCGGUAAUUCUAUCGCCUUUGUCGUACUCCGACCUUAGACCCGAUGAUAAUUUUUUCAAUCGAAAACGCACAAAACAUAUAAUAACACUCCAGCCACUCUACGCUCCGGGGGGUUUUUUUUUUUUUUUUGCGUAGUUUUUUUCAGUUUCGACUAGUAUUUUACUUACCUACUCGUAUUUCAGUUCAAAUUCCCGACGAGGAAAACACGCUUGGUUCGUUUAUACUUCGAAGUAUUGCUUGAACACUCGGUUUUUUACGUCGUACGUAAAAUAACAAUUGGUUUUUGCACAUUUACGGAAUUCGUACAAUUGUAAUAAGUGUUUAAUUACCGCUGUACUUACUGCGACGCCGUGUUGUUGUAAUCGCAAUAAACUCAUACAAUUGUAUAAACAAACAACGUGUACAGCUAAAAUGCAGCUGCGGUACAUAAUAAACAAACAUUAUUACUCGAAUAUUGUUCGUAAAACAAUAUUAUUGUAAAAGCCGUAUGAAAUUGCAAAAAAUACACGAAACAGUCUUGUACAAUGUGUGCGGAGUAUAAGUAUGUACGCGGUAUUCAAUUUUUACUGCCAAUGUACCGUUACUUCGGAUUUGAAAUUAAAUCCGACGCAGAUUGUAUCGCAGGUUAGAAUGGGUUGUAGGUUUGGUAAUGUUAGAUUGUAUCGCAGAUUUAAGAAUAUAAAUUAAUGAUAUUUAAAAACAACCGUGAAGCUAAUAUCUCCGAUGGACGUGAGUUGUAGGUGGAAAACCGGGAAGGCAGGAUAUACAGAGUCACUUAGUUAAUUUCAAUUUGUACGCGACACUGAAAUUCACUGCUGGCCAAAUACGUUUCUGAACUUUCUCAUUUACCAACUAGAUUUACCAACUACCAGCAAUCUGUUCCAGGACCGAUGCUACUCUUGAAAUAAUUCGGAACAAGAUUUACGGUAGAAAUCAAAAAUCAAAAAUAACGAAAUCGUGUUAACGGCCGUAAAUAUUUGUCCGUUUUACCUUUUCGUUUUUUUCGCAACUAUAAUGAAAACCGCUCGGAAAAAUAAAAAAAAAAAAAAUGACCGAAUCUUCUCGAUCCAACGAGAUCCAAAAUGCAAUGAUAUAGGUCUCUUGUUAUUUCUUUUAUGAAACGAGAUUUCUGGUCGAAAAGUUGCUCGGACGGAUAAACAAUAAUGUACUAAUAAAAAAAUCGCCCACAUCAUAGUUGAACCAGUACGGCCUAUCGCUCCGCUUCUUAGAAUGUAAAAAAAACUCCAAUUAGUGCGCAAUUUUCAUUUGGACGGAUGAAAGUGUUCGUUAUCUACGAAAUACGUUAUUAUUAUUAUUUUUUUUUUUUAGGUGAUAUAAUAAUAAUCAACCAUAGUCGGGGUACAGUCGACGGUAACGAUUUACUCGCGUGUGUAAUUGUCGAAUAACAAUUUUCAAACGAGAUACACCGCGGCAAUAUUAUAUCGUUAAAUAGUUCAAGGCGAAUAAAGUCAAAAAGAAACCUUAACAUAACCUCUUAUAGAAAUAAUGCGAUACAAUAGAGUGUAAAAAAAUAAAAAAAAUGAUCCGGUAAUCUGUAGGUAGGCACCUACUCAAAGUCACUGAAACUGUAUAAUACAAUAAUAAUAAUAGAUAGUAUUCUCUUAUUACUGAACAAAAAAAAAAAUCCCAGAACUUUUGCGUGUCAUUAUUUUUCAUAACUGAGUACUUUUUAUAAUAAUAAUUAUAUGUAUAACGAACGAUUUAUUAUUUUUUUUUUUUUUAGUUAAGAGGAGGCCACGCGCUCCUCGUCGAUAUUUCUCCAGGGUUCGAACAUGUUUUGAUCCACUCGAUAUAAUAAUCGAGUCCGUUUUCGUGUUAUAAACCUUAAAUCUGACCCAGAGUUCUUACCGCGAGUGUUUGCGAUUCUGCCGCGGUUAUACGAAAAAAACACGAUCACAUGAUCUCAUUUUCAAUAACGGAAUUCGUGGACGGUUCCAUAAGCUUUAAUUUGAUACGGAAACCUCUAUAUCGACCGAAGUCGGAGUUGUUGGGUUUUUUUUCCGUACGGCGGCAGAAUUAUCAUCACCGCGGGACAAUUCGUUCAAAAACACGAAACGCGAAACGUGAAAAUGUACACCUCGCGUUUUGAUUUAAAAAAAAAAACAUUUACUCGUUAUGAAACGACAGUGUGUCACCUCGAAUUGUGCAGGGUGUCACGUAUUAUUUGUUAUUAAUUUGCAAUUUAAUCGAACGAGUGAAGGCGUCCGAGUGGCUUUUUUUUUCGACAAUUAACACAGUCAGUAAGUGGUUGUUUUUUUUUUGAAAAAUUCAUAUUUCGCUAAAAACGACCGCGUCGUUUCCUAUAAACGGACGAAUAUCGGCGCGCGGCCCUUGGAUUCGACCGAACGCGGUAUGCGUGGCCGUGACUCCAAUUUAAUAAAAACCCGACCGUCUUGCACGCGUGCCAUUCGUAACCGUGUUUUAUUGUCGAGCUCAGAAUUCGUCGGUCGAUCAGUCUCCGCGUGCGGCGGUGGCGGCGGCGCGCGCUCGUACGCGUUUUCCGUUAAAACGUCGCGUUCGCGGUGCAAGGCGUUCGCGUUAUGACCGCGGGUACACUCGCGCACGGGACGAUCCUUUCCGCGUUACCAGGGGGGGGGGGGGGGGGGGGUUCGAGGCCGGAAUUCCCGUUUCGCGCCCGGGCUCGGUCCAUCCGCGCGGCCGACGCGAUGUCGCCCGCGGAGACGGGUGAAAAACGGAAAUCGAAUUCGCCCCCGGGGGAACCGUCCUGUACACCGCGCCGCCGCGUCGUAAUUUCGUGUACCCGACCGGGAACCGCCGCCGUUCGUGGUCGCGGUCCGCUCUCCGGCGCGCCGCGCCUUUCCUAACGAUCGUUUCGCACGUUAUGCAAAUGCGUCCGCCGCGCGUGCUCCGAAUGCGAAAAAAAAAAAAACGGAUGCCGGAUAAUUCGCAACACGGCGGGCGACAAUUUGUCGCGUCGCGCGAGGCGAUAGGGGGGAGGGGGGAGGGGGAGAGGAGGAUGCGGAAACCCUCCCGCGAUCCGGCGAAAGUGAAGGGUUUCCGCGACGACGCCGAGCUAAUAACGCCGUGUCCCCCGAACGCGAGUGCCGCGUUUUGUCGGUCCAUUCGUUUUUUGUCCGUUUUCGUUUUCCCGUGGAAUCCGAACGGUCGACCCCGCAACGCGGUUGUCGUGUUGCGCGCGCGCACGCGGAACGUGUCCGCUGUAGUCGACCCCGGGCGUCGGUUUUCGCCACCCGAACAACGAAUCUCCCGUUUUCGCAUUGUGUUCCGUCAUGACUGAUGUCGCGGUCGUUUUUUUUUUUUUUCAAUCGCAUUUUUUCGCGUUCGUACGUUUUACCCGCACCCACCGCAACAGGUCGUUGAGCACACACACGACGCGUCGCGCGUCAAAAGCGCAGUCCCCGUAAACGUGCGAUAAACGUUUUCGUUUUGCGCAUUCAAAGGGCCCGCGCCGCCGAUAUAAACGACGAAAAACAAUAGCGACACGCGAAAUUGUAUUAUUGCGGUUAGCCGCGUAUGUGUUGUCCCGCGUGCCCGUGUAGUGUUCGCGUCGUCGUGUUCUGCCCGCGUUAUUACGAUUCACGUUGUGCGUGCGCGCGCAGCAAUCCGUUCGAGCGGACAGAGCGCGCAAUAAAAAAAAAAAAUAAAAAAAACCCGAGCGCCAUUCAAAUGUGUUUGGAAUAUUUGAACGUGUUCGCGGUUGUUUUAUUAUUGUUAUUAAUUUUUUUUUUUUUCCCCGUUUCCUGCAACCGUAUGCGUACGCCGUCGUGCGACAUUGAACUGUGCGUAAAUUUCGUGUCCCUGUCAACAAUAUCAAUACGACAGUGUAUAAUUAUCGCCGCGCGUGCGAGAUCGCGUCCGACGGGAAACGGAGUCGUUUGUUUUUUUUUUUUUAUCUAUCGCGUUCGACCUCUCGUUCGAUUGUUACUGUCCGAGCCCCCGGCGGGGUCGAACGGUUUUUGAAUCCCGAGAAAAGGCGGUGCGCGCGGACAUUCGCAUUGUUCCGAAGCUCCGCGAACGCCACGACCACGGAUUCUCGGUAAAUCCUUUUAUAAAUCUUCGCGACCGCUAUCCGCCCAGACGACCUUAAUCCGAGGAUACGCUCCGAGGACACGCGUUUCCAUCGCGUCAAUUCGCGGUAUCCGUGUCGCGUGGAAUUCCGCGUAUGGGACGCACGAUGAUCGCGUCCUCGAACGGUAAACAGGUUCGGUCCGGCGGGCGGGUCGGGUUUUCGAGUUCGCAACUUUCGCGUGAUCCGGACGCGCGACGACUUUUCGUCGACCGUGUACGGCCAGUACGUUCUGUACGCAUUUUACACUCGGCACGCUAUGCGCGUGACUUUCUGGGGCGGGAAUCGGGGUGUUCGGACCGCGGGCGCCACGUCGACUUUUCACAUAGGGACGCGUGCCGGCGGCGGUACGGUUUAAGUUUCGAUUUUUCCGCCGCGGAACGACACGAGACUACGGGAGGCAGGAAGGGAGAAGGGGGAAGGGGCGGCAAGACGGCGCAUCUGCCCCACCGCCUGACUCGGAAAUUUCAAAUAACAUAAUGUCAACAAUACUGGAUAAUGAUUUCUACAAUUCUGUUACAACAACCGUUUGAGGUGUUCCGAAAAUGUACCUGUGACACUGCCCUUCCCCGUGGUGCGCUGGAUUUCUCGCGGGCGCCCGUGCAUAGUAGUCCGCGGUAGUCGUCGUAACGCCGACGAAAUAUUUUAUUAUUUUAAUACGCGCGUAGCUGCGCGCGACCGCGGACCGGCACGUUCCGGACCGCUGCUGGAUUCCCGUCGCGUCUAAAAAGGCGUUGUCAUUGUCGUCGGUCCGCCGCGGCAAAAGAAACGCGAAACGGACAAUGGGCCCGUCGGCGGAUAAUAAAUCGAUCGCGACGACGCCGAAAUCCGAUUCGCCGCGACGGAGUUUCGUUGUUAAAUCGAAAAUCGCCUCGCGCGUUGUGUUUCGCGCGGAAUUUCGCGCCGGUGCGCCGCGAGAACCCGCCGGCGCGGUCGCGAAUCGAAGGGGACGUGUCGCUGGCCGGGCCGGGUGCGUGCGCGGUCCACGUCGCGCCGUCUCCGUCUUACGAACGCGCGAAACCGACGGAUUCGCGUCCGGCAGUGGCGACGUUGCGCCGCCGGUUUCGAUAGCGCUGCGGCGAACAAUAAUUUUCGUCGGUCCGUCGUCGGACCCGAUAUUUUGGUGCGCGCGUGAGAACAUAUGCCGCGCGAAACCGCGUUUUUCUCUCGGCGUUUUCGGUUUUCGGCCGUGUGAUAUCUGCGCAGCCAUUCUCGGUUUCGUUGUCGUCUCGUGUUAUUAAAAAUUUGAAUACCGACGGGCGAAGGACCGCCGCGGUUUCCGGGGCCGACCGUGUGUACCGGAGAUUUCCCGAUGGAGGGGGAGGGGUCGUCUAUGUAUGCGCCCGGGAAUUCGUUCCGGCCCGAAAGUGGACGACUCCGAGGAAAACGAAACUCGGAGGGCACGAGACGUAAAAUAGUGGCGAUAAACGACGUCAACAGAUUAACCCGGCGAGCGGUUUACGGGGGAAAAAAAGUGCAGUAACUUCUAGUGCGUGCCGUCGAUAGUAAUUAUGUGAUUCGAUCUAAUAGUGAACGGGCACGGACGACGGCGCGAUUUCGGGCGGACCAGUAGCGCGCGCGGGAUUUUUUUUUUUUUUCGGGACGGGCUUUUGUUUGUAACCGUUUCCCGAAGAGGUGACAGCGCGUAAGCGUUAUCAGCGCAGUGCAGUCGUUAUCGUUGACGAAUGAAUGAUUUCCGAUGAAAUUAAAUCGCGUUUUGUCCUGCGGCGUAAGACGAAUGUAAAAUUCGAUUGGCAAAAAAAAAAAAAAAAAACGUAGCGAAAGGAGACAUUUCGGGGAUGGUCGAGUCACUGGUGACUGGCGGUCCCUGUCGAACGCGAAAUCGGCCACGCCGUUCGCUACGUUCGCGAGGCGGAGACGUCCUCCGAACGGGUCCGUUCGGUCGUCGGAUCCGAUCGGGACGAAACGUCCGUUCCGGUCGUCGCGUCCACCUCACCCGGGAUCCCGUUACGUUUAACUAAUGCCAAUUAUCAAUCCGAAAAUCCGUUUCCCCCGCGAUAGAAAAAAAAAAACAUUACAGGCACUUGGUCCGCCGUGUAUGGAAGCCGCGCCAGCUCGGACGCACCUCGUACGAUAUUUCGUUGUAAAUACAAGGUUAUUUUCCGCUUUUUUUUUUUUUUUUUUGUAAAUUUACGGGAGAUAAAAAAAAAUAUAAUCGCUAUAAUUUAUAAAAGAAGAGGCUGCGUUCUGCUAUAUUAUAAUGUACCGCCGCCAGAAACGUUUCACGCCAAUUAUAUAUUAUUAUACGUAUACGAUAGUUACUGUAUAUAAUAUUAUGUAUAGGUUUACACGAGCCGACGAAGAAUGUCGACGAAAUAUAUUAUUAUUAUUAUUAUUAUGUAUCGGAACGUUUUUUUUUUUUUUUUCUAUUAUAAUUAUGAAUUAUAACUGUGAAAAACGUUCACUUUUUACGGCGUAAAACACGACUUCCUCGACGACUCGUGAUGUAGUAACGUUUCGACAAAAACGUUUUAUAAUAUUCGUUUUCGUCUCUAAAUAACAGUGUACCGCUAUCAUCGGGACGAUAUUGCGAAUGGUUUUGUAAUAAUAACGAGAAAUUGGCGUCUGUCCGCGAUAAAAAAUUACAAAAAAAGACUUAGUAUCGAGUACACGGGAAGAAGAAAAAAAAAAAACCAUCGGAAUUCGAUGUGUACAAUAUUUGUAUAAGAGGAUAUUUUUACCCAAAAGUUUUCGUUUCAGAGAAUCGACCGCGUACGCGUAAUACCGCGCGGUAACGAUCGGUAACUACGCACGGUUAUAACCUUAAAAAAAAAAAAAACGAGGACACGGGAAGCGUGGGGGGGAGGGGCGAUAGGACCUCGGGAACGGUGAAAUUUCGUGUCGAAAACUCGUCAGUACACGGACGAGCGAAAGGUGAGGUGUCGAAAAGUCGGCGGGGCCCGCGGCCGAAAACCUUCGCACCUAAACAAAAAAAAAAAAAAAACAAAUUAGUAAUAGUAAAAACAAUAAAUAGCGUUUGACGGGACACAAUCGGCGGUAGAUAACGGCACCGAAAUACAAAUGGCGUUUCUCCAAUUAACUAUUGUCGGCUAAAAGGACGGCCGAAAAGAGCGUUUAGACCGUUUUCUGACGACGAGGCAUCGUUUCCGUUUUGGACUUUUCAGUACGGUCGCGACGCGUCGGCGGACAAGCGCCGGGGGCAGCGCGCGAACUGUUACCUCGUCUAUCCAAUUCGUCCGUUGAUUCAGACUGUUCGCGCACGGCUGUUGUAAUUGUUGUAAAAAGGGAGACCGAGAUCUCGAAAUACGCGGCACUAAAAAAACGCACGGAGACGGAGCCCGGUAAUUCCGGCAAACCGAUAAUUUCGAUUCGCGUGCGACAACUGUUGUUCGUACGGGUAUACCGGAACGGAUAUCCGCGUCGGACUCGGCGGCGGCAGCGUUUAGAAUUUCGAAAAGGAAAAAAAAAAAAAAAAGGGAAAUCGGGUGGUGGUCCCUGUAAUGGCAUACGAACCAGUAAAACAUACCGCGGUGGCGGUAGAAUGUUAAAAGCAAAAGAAUCAAACGCACAACGUUCUUUUCCGAACAUCGGCCCGACGCUCGUGCAUUUAUUGUGACGGACCGCACGAUUUACCGAGGGUAUACUGCACAGUAACGCGUACCAAGACAAUAAUAUACGCACGUGCGUACACACGAGUCGCGUUCCGUAUAUCCGAGUCGUGACCGACGCGACAAACCGUACCGGCGACGCGCGACGGACGUACCCUCGGUUCUCCCGUUCGGCAAGCGAAAAAUCAGGGGAAAAAAGGGAAUUGAACGCGGCCGGAAAAACGCGGUCGCGAAUCCUCGGGCGGCGGGGAGCCCGGCCGCGGCAGAAGCGCGCGGACGAACCGGACCGCGUACCGGGUAAAUACCGCGCGGGUUCGCGUGGGCGGCCGGUCGCGCGCUAGGUGGCGGCCACACCGCGCGAGAGAAAUUAUUCGAAAAAGACGUUGCGCAACGGCACGGACGAAAACGACCGGCGGGGAAUUCCCCGUCGCCGGCCUGACGCGCGCGCACGGCCGCGCCGAACUUUUCACGGCCAUUUCAUCGCCGCCGCCGGCACACAAUCAUCGUCGUCGUCGUUGUUGUUGUUAUUGCGCCGCCGCCGCCGCCGCCGCAGCGAACCCGACCGGCAGCGUCCGUCGCGUCUACCGCGCGAAACGUAACGCGCGCGCCGGACUCGGUGGUAACGGCCGGCGUUACGUGCACAGGCGUCGGUCGGGCAUUCGACGGCCGUCUACACCGAGUUUCCCCGGGUCCAGUGAAACGCGCGCGGUGUUUUUUUUUCUCGCGGCUUUUUUUUUUUUUUUUUUUUUUUAUGUUCUUUUUCGCGUUUCGACGACCGCCUGUCGACUGUCGCCCGCCGUUCGGGUAGUGGGCCGCGGCGCCGGCCGUGUUCGCCGACGGACUUGGCGUUUUCGAAACGCCGAAGAGCCCGCCCCGCCGUCCGUCCUAUCGCGCGUGCCGCGCCAUAAUAGAACCGCGUCUACCGGAUUUCGACCGACGUAAACGGAUUACGCUACGCCGUCCCCGACGGGUUCUUAACCGGGAUUGCUUUCGCGGUACCGUUUGAUUGGUGCGUACACUCGUUCAUUACACGCACGGACGGAUAAAUCAAAUGGCGAAACACUUUGAGCGUACUGUUGGGUAUUUUCAAAAAAAAAAAAAAACAACGCAAUCGAAUUCGUUUAUUUGUUCCGUUUCCGACAAAUUCCAUCCGCGGUCCUAAUAAAGGGGCGGAUUCCGUAUUCAGAACUGAAUACGGAGUAAACGUGAUUCCCGGAGUUUCGGAUUCCGGGUGUUUGGGCUUUCGAAUCGAAAUCGGUUAAAAUUCACGCAGCCGCCGAUCGUACCGUUACACCCUGAGUGGCCGUGCGCAAAUUCGCACGAAAUUCGACAGUUCACGCGUUUCAAAGACGGGGACGACGAACGCGGCGUUUGCGUCGCGGCUUGGAACUUUUAUGAUUUUUUCGGUUUCGGUUCCGAUUCGGAUCUUUGAGACAAACGAAUGUCGGUACCGGUUAUUAAAAUUACCGCGCUGAUAUUUCGGUUCUGUAAUUAUACCGGUAUUUGGAGGUGCGUAUUUUAUUCGAAAAGUAAACGGAAAACAAAAAAAAAAUCGAAUAUAAACGUCAUACAUGUUAAAACGAUAAGAUAAAAUUAUAGCCGUGUUAACGGAAUCGGUUAAGUUUGCUGGUUUGUUUUAAAAACAUGCAAAACAUUUUGAAAAAACAGAAUCGACUCGUGUUUUUAAUGCGCGGGAGUUUUAUUAUGCGAACGUUUUAAACGAUUAUACUCGAACAACAACGUAAUUCAACUCAUAACGAAAACCAAUCGACCGUUAAUCGAUAUCGAAAAUCAUAUCCGUUAUCGCCCUGUGUACGCCUUUUUUCCUUUGUAUGAGAAACUGUUCGGAAAUUAUCGAGCGCUGUAUUCAAUCUUGCUCAACGAUGUGUCCCUCGAUAACCUCGAUUAUCAAUCGGAUGGAACAGCCGGUUGCGCACACCGAAGGAAUUCGUCGACGGGAGCAUCGAAAUCCGUCGGGUUUUCCAUCCGAUCGACAGUCUGGGUUGUACGAGUGACGCACGCAUAAAAUCUAAAUAAAUAGGCGCGUUAUUAUUACUAUUCAUUUGCGUUGUUGCAUCGAUCGUUUUUUUAAUAAUCGUUUUAUCACGCGUCGUUCAUCGGCAUCGCCGGACGCCUUGAUCAAAAACUGUUAAUAAAUUUAGAAAAGAAAAAAAAAAAACGGAAAAAUCACGGCGACCAGCCAUGGGAAAAACGACUCGCUCGAGCGGUUCGAAUCGCUCGAAUCGGUUCACGGAGGCGAUUCGGUCCGCGGUCCGUUCGAUUCGGAUCAGUUUUAUCGACGUUACGAAUAAAAGUCUUGUCCGGUUCAAUCGUUCGGCGGAAUCAUUUCGAAACGGACCGGAUUUAAAAGAGUCGAGACGGACGAUUUUACGGCUGGUUUGUACAGUCCGAGCUCAAAUCGCGCGCGCGCGCAUGUGUGUAAUAAACAGGCGUUGGUGUGAGUUGAUCCAUCGGAACACCGUCUGCCCGCACUGUAUCCGGUCACACGCACACGUCCACUAUCGUUUAUCAUUAUUAUCUAAUUAUCUUAUCGGCGUUCGAUCGCACUGUCGUGCCUUCGUGUGUAGGUUUCCGGUUACCACUCGCGAUGACUCACGACUCGCGAUUCGAGGAUUCAAAUGAAGGACAGAAACGAGUUGUAGAACGAAUCGCUCUCGGUUGUUGAAUCCGAACCAGUCCGUUCAUUUCGUUCAUCCCGGUAUGACGGCGGGUUCGAAAAACCGACGGGCGAAUCACAAUAUUGAUCGUUUCUUACGUUUUCGUUUUGAUUAACAGCUCAUAUUUUUAUCUUUUUUCCGGAACUGUUAGAUUGUAGAGUUAUUAAAUUAUAAAUACACGUAUACGUUUACAACGUAAAUGUAUUACUUGAAUGUGUAAAAUAGUUAAAUACCAAUGGAAUCAGAAAAUUAUCUUUCAAUAAAUGUCGGGAACCGGUUUCGGUUUAGGUUUCUGAGAAAAUCAAAAAAAAAAAAAAAAAACGAUAUCGGUAAGGCUCCGGUUGAAAUACCGGUAUUUUUAAUUUCGGUUCUGAGCCCUGUUCCACGCCCCCUUAACGGAUUGAAGAUCGUGAUAUGCGAAAUAUUUGGUUUUUUUUUUUUUUUUUUUUUUUAAAUUUUAAUUAGCCUUUUUAAUUAGGUCACGAAAGGCCUUUUUCCGCAACGACUAUACGUCUUCUCACUCCCCCGCUUUCACUCGUCCGCCGUCACUUCUGGGUUCUCUACUCCUAACGGCCGCGGAUCUCGACCCGCACGCGGUCCGGCGGUCACGCGAACGUUGUCUGGGUCGUCCGCGACCUAAUUUUAUUUAACAUAUUUUGUGUUCCGCCAGAUUUCCCAUAAAAAAAAAAAAAGAAAAAAAAAGAGAGGCUAUUUUCAUCACGAGGUAUACGGCCGGUCUCCUACGGCGCGAGUGAUGGACAGCGUUGACUUAGUCGACUACGCUUGGCGAUAUCCGCGAACGAAAUUCCGGUCAACGGUUUCUUGUAUUAUACCCGCAAAACAACAAUCCAUCUUCUUCGUCGCGCCGCGCGCCCUUUCGUCGUCGCGUCCCGAUUAGCCGUUGCACGCGUCGCGGGUCACAUCGCGGUGACAUUCGGUGACCGGGAUGAAAACGUCCCGCAGACAGUCGGGGGACGGUCGACUCGGUUCUCCCGCCCGUGCGCUGCUGCCGCCGUUGCUGCUCACGGCGGUCGGUCGGUUUUGUCCGGCGUCCGCGGGCGCACGCCUUUUAAACGACCGUUGUUUUCGUCACCGUCGGGGAAUCGCCGGCCGAACCGCGGCGGCGUUUUUCAAGACGGGAAUCGGUCGCGGACGCGAUGAAAGUCGCGCCGCCGAGUGCCCGGGCGCUUCCGUCCGGCGACCGGCACCGCGGAGACAUGUGGGUCACGUCCCGGACUGUGUAAGAUGGAAAAAAAAAACAAAAUAUUACGUGAUGCACGAGUCGUCGUCGUCGUCGCAAUUGCGCAACGUUCGCGAAGGCGAUGGGUUUUUUUGUUUACGCUCGAGCGGAUUCCGGCUUAUUGUCCGCAGCCGGCCGCGCGGCGGGCCGGUUGUAUCGACCGUUUAUUUACCGCACUGCUCACUCCCUCCGCGGCGAUUUGUUCGCGACAUUGCGUUUGUCCGUUGGCUUUUUCGCGAUAAGUGCCCACAAACGCCUAAUAUAAUAGCAAUAAUAAUAAUAAUGAAAAAAAAAAAAAAAACGAUUCCGCCGCUCUCUCGUCAUUAUAUAACGUCGUGCACUUACCGGCUCGCCGCCGACAUUGCAGUCGAACGAUUAUGGCCCGUGGACGGAAACGGGUACACCCACCGUAAAUGUACGGCUGUUCCGUAAACGUUAUGUUUCGGGCACGGCGAACUCCCGCUAGAGUGGGCGAUCUCCCUCCCGCGUUGCCGUGGCGCGAACACCUGCUCUGGAUAACGUCGUAAAGUCGUGAAAAGUAAAACGAGUAGAAAUCAGCGGCGAACCGCAAAAACCGCAAAAACCGAACGGGGGCGCUGUUACGGGCCGAUCGCAGCGACGCUGUAACGCGGCGGGACCUUUUCCGUGGUCUCCGCGGUCGCAGCCGGGGCGAUUCAAUCAGCGUUUUAAGGGCGUGUUGUCGAACACGCACGCGCACGCCACGGUCAACGCGCCGUAACGACGUCGGGAGGGGCGCGCGCAAGAUGGUCCGACGUUUAGGUGUACGGAGAGUUCCUUCGGAACGGGGCGCGUGUCCGGUGGCCGGUCCCGUAGCCGCGCGGCGCGCCGCGGUUGCCGACGCGGGUACCCCCCGGUCUCCGGGCGCGGGGCGGUGUCCCCGGCCUCUGCGCGCGGUUCGUCGUUUCCCGACUUCUCCGGUCCCGCGGUAAACGACGGCGCCGCGUACACACCAAUUGUAAUUGUAACCGAAAGCGAAAGAAAAAUUAUGUUUUGUUUUUUUUUGUUUCUUUUUCUCGUAUCCCGCAACCUACGGGAAAUCCCGACAACUGAUUACAUAUUACUGUUGUUUUUUUCCCCUCCCCCCCCUCCCCGCUAUCGCCGCCCGCAAAUGUCCUAAAAGAUGAAAACUAUUAAUAAUAUAAAAAAAAAAAAAAAAAAUUAAAAUUUGUCGAUAAUAACGUUGUGUACGAUAUUGUUUGUGUCCGCAGGCAUCCGUGUUAUAUGGAGGAAGUGCAGCGACGAAGUUCGGUCGGUUAG